AUCUCCCUCUGUCCCUGCUGAAGAUGGGUUGCUCUGGUAGGUUUGAGCUCAUCACACAUCCAUAGCCCAACGACCAGCCCCUGUCUCCACAAACCACGGUCAGUAUGACUGUCUGUUGUUGGAUUCUUAUCUGAAAACUCGCGCCGCCAUUUCUACAGAUAUGAAAGGACCACUUAGAGCAUGCAGGCAAUAUAUUGCAUAUCUCCAUCUACCUCUAUUUGUCUAAGUUACGUUUUUACAGUAGGUGUCACCUACCUACUUAGGUCCUUCAGAACAGCAAAGGCCCGCUAUCAAGUUUAGAGGAAAGGAGCAAACUUCAGUUUGGAAUGCAGCCUGUGUUUACAUACGUCUCCUAUCCAAUCUCUCCAGCCCAUGUGUUUCUAUCAUUCAUUUAUAUACAGCUCCCCCAUGGACUCCCACCCACCAGUGUGGGCUUGGAGACAGAGGUAGAGAAGCGCUUUCUAUGCGACCCUGCCUGGCUUCCCAUACACGAUACCGACGCUGCCUUCCACAGGUUUCUGAAGUGAGUCUGCUUACAGUGCCUUCAUCAAGUAUUCAUACCCAUUGGCUUAUUCCACAUUUUGUUGUGUUACAGCCUGAAUUAAAAAUGGAUGAUUUUAUUUAUUUAUUCACCCAUCUACACACAAUACCCCAUAAGGACAAAGUGAAAACACGUUUUAAUUAAAAAAAACAAAUAUAUUGAAAAUGAGAUACAGAAAUAUUGAACAUACGUAUUCACACCCCUGAGUCAAUACAUGUUAGAAUCAUCUUCAAGCUCUGUCAAGUUGGUUGUUGAUCAUUGCUAGACAGCCAUUUUCGAAUUUUGCCAUAGAUUUUCAAGCCGAUUUAAGUGAAAACUUUAACUAGGCCACUCAGGAACAUUCAAUGUCGUCUUGGUAAGCAACUAUUUCCAUGACAUAGGCUGACCAGGUGAAUCCAGGUGAAAGCUAUGAUCCCUUAUUGAUGUCACUUAUUAAAUCCACUUCAAUCAGGGUAGAUGAAGUGGAGGAGACAGGUUAAAGAAGUUUUUUUUAAGCCUUGACACAAUUGAGACAUGGAUUGUGUAUGUGUGCCAUUCAGAGGGUGAAUGGGCAAGACAAAAGAUUUGUGCCUUUGAACGGGGUAUGGUAGUAGGUGCCAGGCGCUCCGGUUUGUGUCAAGAACAGCAACGCUGCUGGGUUUUUCACGCUCAACCGUUUCCUGUGUGUAUCAAGGAUGGUCCACCACCCAAAGGACAUCCAGCAAACUUGACACAACUGUGGGAAGCAUUGGAGUCAACAAUUGAGUCUGUUCUGAGGGCAAAAGGGGAAGGUGUUCUUAAGUCAAUAUUAGGAAGCUGUUCUUAAUGUUUUGUACACUCAGUGUAUAUUUGGCCUUGUGUUUUAGUUUAUUGUCCUGCUGAAAGGUGAAUUUGUCUCCCAGUGUCUGUUGGAAAGCAGACUGAACCAGGUUUUACUCUAGGAUUUUGCCUGUGCUUAGCUCUAUUCUGUUUAUUUUCAUCCUGAAAAACUCCCUAGUCCUUGCAGAUGACAAGCAUACCCAUAACAGGAUGCAGCCCCCACCAUGCUUGAAAAUAUGAAGAGUGGUACUCAGUGAUGUGUUGUGUUGGAUUUGCCACAAACCUAACGCUUUGUAUUUCAGGACAUAAAGUUAAUUUCUUUGCCACAUUUUUUGCAGUUUUACUUUAAAGCUAUAUUGCAAACAGGAUGCAUGCUUUGGAAUAUUUUUAUUCCAAGGCUUCCUUCUUUUCACUCUGUCAUUUAGGUUAGUAUUGUGUAGUAAUUACAAUGUUGUUGAUCCAUCCUCAGUUUUCUCCUAUCACAGCCAUUAAACUCUGUAACUGUUUUAAAGUCACCAUUGGCCUCAUGGUAGAAUCCCUGAGCGGUUUCCUUCCUCUCCAACAACUGAGUUAGGAAGGACGCCUGUAUCUUUGUAGUGGCUGGGUGUAUUGAUACACCAUCCAAAGUGUAAUGAAUAACUUCACCAUGCUCAAAGGGAUAUUCAAUGUCAGCUUUUUUUUUUUUUGUACCCAUCUACCAAUAGGUGCCCUUCUUUGCGAGGCAUUGGAAAACCUCUCUGGUCUUUGUGGUUGAAUCUGUGUUUGAAAUUCACUGCUUGACUGUGGGACCUUACAGAUAAUUGUACGCGUGGGGUACAGAGAUGAGGUUGUCAUUCAAAAAUCAUGUUAAACACUAUUAUUGCACACAGAGAGGCACAGUACAUUUAUUGAUUACUUUUUAUUGCUUUGAUGCCAUAUAAAUCUCACUUGGAAAGUGGUGUUUAUAAGGGGAAUUCAGUGGUCCAGAUGAGGCUAUUCACCUGUAGUGAAAUACUGUUGUACCACAUGGUCACAGAAUUAAUUUGCGGUAAGACUUGUUGCUUUUCUCUAGGCUGGCUGAGAGAGACGUUCAUGUAGACUCUCUUCUCCAUUGCGCUUCGUCUCCUCUACACUCUGGCAUCGUAGUAGUCAGAGAUCCAACUACAGGAAUGCUUUUGGACUUCACUGAGGUACAUAAUAGUGUCAGCUGUAAUUCAGCUAUGCUGUCUUAGUCUGUGUGUCCUAAUAAUACAACUAUGAUCAUGAUGUGACUCAAUGGGAACAUUCAGAAUUUUAGCACUUACCUGAGUGAUGAUCUAUUAUCUUAUUGUUAGGUCUACUUCAUUUCAUACACUUGCUACACAUUUUACAACCCAGUGUCAUUAAAUCUCCUCCUCACUUUCUGUCCAGGUGUUACUUGGGGACAUAGGCAUCUCUGCUAAGAAUUCUAUGUCCCUGCAGCGUCCACCAAACCCUAAUCCCUCUGAGAGCCUCCAAGGAAGCAACACCAACUACGCCUUUAUGCCCGGUGGGUCUGACUCCUCACCUAAAUAUAUUAUCAGAGCCAUAUACACUACAUGACCAAAAGUAUGUGGACACCUGCAUCCGCCAAACCCAGAUUCGUCCAUCGGACUGCCAGAUGGUGAAGUGUGAUUCAUCACUCCAGAGAACGCGUUUCCACUGCUCCAGAGUCCAAUGGCGGCGAGCUUUACACCAAUCCAGCCGAGGCUUGGCAUUGCGCAUGGUGAUCUUAGACUUGUGCGCGUCUGCUCGGCCAUGGAAACAGUUAUUAUGCUGACGUUGCUUCCAGAGGCAGUUUGGAACUCAGUAGUGAGUGUUGCAACUGAGGACAGAUGAUUAUUACGCACAUCAGCACACGGCAGUCCCGUUCUGUGAGCUUGUGUGGCCUACCACUUCGCUGCUGAGCCGUUGUUGCUCCUAGACAUUUCCACUUCACAGUAACAGCACUUACAGUUGACCGGGGCAGCUUUGGCAGGGCAGAAAUUUGACGGACUGACUUGUUGGAAAGGUGGCAUCCUAUGACGGUGCCACGUUGAAAGUCACUGAGCUCUUCAGUAAGGACAUUCUACUGCCGAUGUUGACCAAUGGAGAUUGCAUGGCGGUGUGCUCGAUUUUAUACACCUGUCAACAACGGGUGUGGCUGAAUUAGCCGAAUCGACUAAUUCUAAGGGGUGUCCACAUACUUUUGUAUAUAUAGUGUAUAUUCAUAAAUGUAUAUAUGGCUCUGAAAUAUAAAAUAAAUAUUUGUCGUAAGUUAUGUCUUCCUUUUAGUCAAUUAUAGAAUACAAAUAUUAACUAUUUCUCUAUCUUGUUCACAUAGGCGGUAUGGAGGAGCUGACACUGGAACAAAUCAAGAAGAAAUCAGAGCUGGAGGAGGACAUAGACUUUGAGAACGGUGAUUUUACCUUUUAUUAUGGAGUUGAGAUGGUGUAGGGGCAAUGGUCAUCCAUACAAAAGGCUGCCUGUGCACAGGGAGGCGGGUUAGUGUGAGGCGGGAUGCUUACUUUACAAUGAAAAUGCAGACUGAAAGGACCUUUGAAAUAACAAACACUGUGUGCUGUUCCUGCGAACCAAAUCGCUCUCUUCAAAAAUCAGAAUACAGAUUUAAGUGAUUACAGAUCUUUUUAUGAUUGAGUAUAUGUGUUUCUUGCUUGUGUUAUGUGAUGUUUGUGUAAGUAACAUAUUUAUUUCCCUUUACCUCAGGGUUACUCACAGUGCCCCCUGGACUUAAAGUUGGGAUGGACUUCAGUGACAAAGGUUUGAAUGGACAUGCACUACAUGAUCAAAAGUAUGUGGACAUCUGCUCGUCGAACAUCUCAUUCCAAAAUCAUGGGCAUUAAUAUGGAGUUGGUCCCCCUUUUGCUGCUAUAACAGCCUCCACUCUUCUGGGAAGGCUUUCUACUGGAUGUCGGAGCAUUGCUGCGGGGACUUGCUUCCAUUCAACCACAAGAGCAUUAGUGAGGUCGGGCACUGAUGUUGGGCGAUUAGGCCUGGCUCGCAGUCAGCGUUCCAAUUCAUCUCAGAAGUGUUCGAUGGGGUUGAGGUCAGGGCUCUGUGCAGGCCAGUGAAGUUCUUCCACCAAAAACAUUUCUUUAUGGACCUCGCUUUGUGCACAGGGGCAUUGUCAUGCUGAAACAGGAAAGGGCCUUCCUCAAACUGUUGCCACAAAGUUGGAAGCACAGAAUCGUCUAGAAUGUAAUUGUAUGCUGUAGUGUUAAGAUUUCCCUUCACUCGAACUAUGAAAAACAGCCCCAGACCUAUUCCUCCUCCAUCAAACUUUACAGUUGGCACUACGUAUUGGGGCAGGUAGCGUUCUCCUGGCAUCCGCCAAACCCAGAUUUGUCUGUCGGACUGCCAGAUGGUGAAGCGUGAUUCAUCACUCCAGAGAACGCGUUUCCACUGCUUCAGAGUCUAAUGGCGGCAAGCUUUACACCACUCCAGCUGACGAUUGGCAUUGCGCAUGGUGAUCUUAGGCUUGUGUGCAGCUGCUUGGCCAUGGAAUCCCAUUUCAUGAAGCUCCUGACGAGCAGUUCUUGUGCUGACGUUGCUUCCAGAGCUAUUUUGGAACACGGUAGUGAGUGUUGCAACCGAGGACAGACAAUUUUUAUGCACUACGCACUUCAGCACUCGGCGGUCCCGUUCUGUGAGCUUGUGUGGCCGUUGUUGCCCCUAGACGUUUCUACUUCACAAUAACAGCACUUACAGUUGACCGGGGCAGCUCUAGCAGGGCAGAUAUUUGACCAACUUACUUUACAUUUACAUUUACAUUUUAGUCAUUUAGCAGACGCUCUUAUCCAGAGCGACUUACAGGAGCAAUUAGGGUUAAGUGCCUUGCUCAAGGGCACAUUUACGUCAUUUAGCAGACGCUCUUAUCCAGAGCGACUCACCAAUUGGUGCGUUCACCCUAUAGCCAGUGGGAUAACCACUGGGGGGGGGGUAGAAGGAUUACUUUAUCCUAUCCCAGUUAUUCCUUAAAGAGGUGGGGUUUCAAAUGUCUCCGGAAGGUGGUGAGUGACUCCGCUGUCCUGGCAUCGUGAGGGAGCUUGUUCCACCAUUGGGGUGCCAGAGCAGCGAACAGUUUUGACUGGGCUGAGCGGGAACUAUGCUUCCGCAGAGGAAGGGGAGCCAGCAGGCCAGAGGUGGAUGAACGCAAUGCCCUCGUUUGGGUGUAGGGACUGAUCAGAGCCCGAAGGUACAGAGGUGCCGUUCCCCUCACUGCUCCAUAGGCAAGCACCAUGGUCUUGUAGCGGAUGCGAGCUUCAACUGGAAGCCAGUGGAGUGUGCGGAGGAGUGGGGUGACGUGAGAGAACUUGGGAAGGUUGAACACCAGACGGGCUGCGGCAUUCUGGAUGAGUUGUAGGGGUUUAAUGGCACAGGCAGGGAGGCCAGCCAACAGCGAGUUGCAGUAGUCCAGACGGGAGAUGACAAGUGCCUGGAUUAGGACCUGUGCCGCUUCCUGUGUAAGGCAGGGUCGUACUCUCCGAAUGUUGUAGAGCAUGAACCUGCAGGAGCGGGUCACUGCCUUGAUGUUGGCGGAGAACGACAGGGUGUUGUCCAGGGUCACGCCUAGGCUCUUCGCACUCUGGGAGGAGGACACAGCGGAGUUGUCAACCGUGAUGGCGAGAUCAUGGAACGGGCAGUCCUUCCCAGGGAGGAAGAGCAGCUCCGUCUUGCCAGGGUUCAGCUUGAGGUGGUGAUCCGUCAUCCAUACUGAUAUGUCUGCCAGACAUGCAGAGAUGCGAUUCGCCACCUGGUUAUCAGAAGGGGGAAAGGAGAAGAUUAGUUGUGUAUCGUCAGCGUAGCAAUGAUAGGAGAGGCCAUGUGAGGAUAUGACAGAGCCAAGUGACUUGGUGUAUAGGGAGAAAAGGAGAGGGCCUAGAACUGAGCCCUGGGGGACACCAGUGGUGAGAGCACGUGGUGCGGAGACAGCUUCUCGCCACGCCACUUGGUAGGAGCGACCGGUCAGGUAGGACGCAAUCCAGGAGUGAGCCGCGCCGGAGAUGCCCAGCUCGGAGAGGGUGGAGAGGAGGAUCUGAUGGUUCACAGUAUCAAAGGCAGCAGACAGGUCUAGAAGGACAAGAGCAGAGGAGAGAGAGUUAGCUUUAGCAGUGCGGAGAGCCUCCGUGACACAGAGAAGAGCAGUCUCAGUUGAAUGACCAGUCCUGAAACCUGACUGGUUUGGAUCAAGAAGGUCAUUCUGAGAGAGAUAGCAAGAGAGUUGGCUAAAGACGGCACGCUCAAUAGUUUUGGAAAGAAAAGAAAGAAGGGAUACUGGUCUGUAGUUGUUGACAUCAGUGGGAUCGAGUGUUGGUUUCUUGAGAAGGGGAGCAACUCUCGCUCUCUUGAAGACGGAAGGGACAUGGCCAGCGGUCAAGGAUGAGUUGAUCAGCGAGGUGAGGUAGGGGAGAAGGUCACCGGAGAUGGUCUGGAGAAGAGAGGAGGGGAUGGGGUCAAGUGGGCAGGUUGUUGGGCGGCCUGCAGUCACAAGUCGCAGGAUUUUAUCUGGAGAGAGAGGGGAGAAAGAAGUCAAAGCAUAGGGUAGGGCAGUGUGAGUAGGACCAGCAGUGUCAUUAGACUUAACAAACGAGGAUCGAAUGUCGUCAACCUUCUUUUCAAAGUGGUUGACGAAGUCAUCCACAGAGAGAGAGGAGGGGGGGGGCGGGGGGGGGGGAGGAUUCAGGAGGGAGGAAAAUGUGGCAAAGAGCUUCCUAGGGUUAGAGGCAGAUGCUUGGAAUUUAGAGUGGUAGAAAGUGGCCUUAGCAGCAGAAACAGAUGAAGAAAAUGUAGAGAGGAGGGAGUGAAAAGAUGCCAGGUCGGCAGGGAGUUUAGUUUUCUUCCAUUUCCGCUCCGCUGCCCGGAGCUCUGUUCUGUGAGCUCGCAAUGAGUCAUCAAGCCACGGAGCUGGAGGGGAGGACCGAGCCGGCCGGGAGGAUAGGGGACACAGAGAGUCAAAGGAUGCAGAAAGGGAGGAGAGGAGGGUUGAGGAGGCAGAAUCAGGAGAUUGGAGGGAGAAGGAUUGAGCAGAGGGAAGAGAUGAUAGGAUGGAAGAGGAGAGAGUAGUGGGAGAGAGAGAGCGAAGGUUGCGGCGGCGCAUUACCAUCUGUGUAGGGGCAGAGUGAGUAGUGUGGGAGGAGAGCGAGAGAGAAAAGGAAGCAAAGUAGUGGUCGGAGACAUGGAGGGGAGUUGCAGUGAGAUUAGUAGAGGAGCAGCAUCUAGUAAAGAUGAGGUCAAGCGUAUUGCCUGCCUUGUGAGUAGGGGGGGACGGUGAUAGGGUGAGGUCAAAAGAGGAGAGAAGUGGAAAGAAGGAGGCAGAGAGAAAUGAGUCAAAUGUGGACAUAGGGAGGUUGAAAUCCCCCAAAACUGUGAGGGGUGAGCCAUCCUCAGGAAAGGAACUUAUCAAGGCGUCAAGCUCAUUGAUGAACUCUCCAAGGGAACCUGGAGGGCGAUAGAUGACAAGGAUAUUAAGCUUAAAUGGGCUAGUGACUGUGACAGCAUGGAAUUCAAAUGAGGAGAUAGACAGAUGGGUUAGGGGAAAAAUUGAGAAUGUCCACUUGGGAGAGAUGAGGAUUCCUGUGCCACCACCCCUCUGACCAGAUGCUCUCGGGGUAUGCGAGAACACAUGGUCAGACGAGGAGAGAGCAGUAGGAGUAGCAGUGUUUUCAGUGGUAAUUCAUGUUUCCGUCAGCGCCAGGAAGUCGAGGGACUGGAGAUUAGCAUAGGCUGGGAUGAAGUCAGCUUUGUUGGCAGCAGAACGGCAGUUCCAGAGGCUGCCUGAGACCUGGAACUCCAGGUGUGGGGUGCGUGCAGGGACCACCAGGUUAGAGAGGCAGCAGCCACGCGGUGUGGGGCGUUUGUGUAGCCUGUGCAGAGAGGAGAGAACAGGGAUAGGCAGAGGCAUAGUUGACAGGCUGUAGCAAAUGGCUACAAUAAUGCAGAGGAGAUCGGAAUGAAAUGAACUAAACAUCUGGGACAGUAGAGAGCAGGGCCUCCCUCACCAAAAACUUCUACUUCUAACAACUAUAAUUGUUUCACUGAACCACCCGAACAAAAACUCUACCAACUUCCACCUUUAGAAAUCCGAAUUGUUGUGAACCACAGCGGUUCAAUGUUUAAAGGAAUAGACUCAACCCACUUUAUUCAGCUAGCUAACUAAGACACCAUAGCUAACUAGCAUGCUAGCAUCCAAAAACACACAGUUUAGCGCCAACACUUGGUCACAACAAACCACCAAUAGUGUGUUAACACACUAAGCAGAUAAUUCGUGUCCGUGUCUGUUGGCUAGCUAGCAAUGGCCACUGUGUUGACCUUGUUUGAAGAACGGCUAGCUAGCUAGCUUCGUGCUACCCCCGGCACCGCCGAACAACAGUGCCAACCCACAGUAACUAACCACAACAGCCCACGAUGCCUAGCUAUGACGCCAUAGCUAACUAGCAUGCUAGCAUCCAAUAACACACAGUUUAGCACCAAUACUUGGUUACAACAAACCACCAAGAGUGUGUUAACACACUAAACAGAUAAUUCAUGUCCGUGUCUAGUUUCUUUCGUAACGCAGCAAAAAAUUAAGCGUUGGUUAGCUAGCACAUUAACAUUGGAAAGAACUCUCCACCGUUGCACUAAACAGAUAAUUACCAAUAAACGUUACCAGUAGCUACCCGCUAGCUAGCUAGCAUACCAAGAGUGUGUUAACACACAAAACAGAUCAUUCAUGUCCGUGCCAAGUUCCUUGCAUAACGCAGCAAAAAAUUAAACGUUGGCUAGCUAGCUAGCACAUUAGCUAGCACAUUAACAUUGGAAACCACUCUCCACCAUUGCACUAAACAGAUAAUAACCAAUAAACGUUACCAGUAGCUACCCGCUAGCUAGCUAGCCUCGUGCUCCGCCGUAACAAUACUUCAACAAUACGUAAACAAUACUUACCUACAAUAAUUGCCUACGGAAACCUACAAUAACUAGCUAAAUAAACUACCUACCUACGAUCUAAAUACAUGGUUUAAGCUUUACUCAACACCAUAUGAGAAGCCAAGCUUACCUCCUGCUAGAGAAAAACACAACCUCUCCCGACGAAGUCAGCACCUGCAGAAAGGUGGCAUCCUUUGAUGGUGCCACGUUGAAAGUCACUGAGCUCUUCAUUAAAGCCAUUCUACUGCCAAUAUUUGUCUAUGGAGAUUGCAUGGCUGUGUGCUUAAUUUUAUACACCUGUCAGCAAAGGGUGUGGCUGAAAUAGCCAAAUCCACUCAUUUGAAAGGGUGUACACAUACCUUUGUAUAUAUAGUGUGUGUUCCUAAAGGUUAUCCUCUUAGCUUGGGCUUAGCUUGAAUAAAUAUAUAGUUUUCUUCCUUUUUUAAAUUCUCUCUGAAGAUGCCAAAACCACAAAGGGAGAAAUCAACCUCCUGUCCCUCCUAUCCACCUUUGAUGACGUCAUAGACUCCCAGCCCGAGGCAGAGGAUAAAGAGAAAGGACUGGGAAGUGGAGAUGCUCCCAAACUACCCAGAACCAACAGCCUGGAAGACCUGGGGAUCAGGGUAUUGAAUAAAUCUAUUUUUUCUGUUGUUUUUUGACGUAUAAAAUCUACAUCUAAAAUGUACUUUCCCCUCUUAACUUAGCUUCUGUGGUUUGUUAUGUUCAUAUACUUAAAGGUGGUUUAUUUCCUGUAGGACUUGCCUUCUACACCUGGGACCACCUCGACAGAGAAGAAAGAUGGAGGAAAGACCAAACCAGGAGCGGGCCAGGAGGAGAAGAAGAGAUGGGCUGCAGAUCCUCUCAAGCUCUGUCAGGUUUGAUGGGGAGCGUCGCUGCACAGCUAUUUUCAGGACACUCCAGAGAUGUUUGAUCUGGUUCAAAUCCGGGCUCUGGCUGGGCCACUCAAGGACAUUCAGAGACUUGUCCCGAAGCCACUCCUGCGUGGUCUUGGCUGUGUGCUUAGAGUCGUUGUCCCAGUCUGAGGUCCUGAGCGCUCUGGAGCAGGUUUUCAUCAAGGAUCUCUCUGUACCUUGCUCCUCUCAUCUUUCCCUCGAUCCUGACUAGUCUCCCAGUCCCUGCCGCUGAAAAACAUCCCCACAGCAUGGUGCUGCCACCACUAUGCUUCACCGUAGGGAUGGUAUUGGCCAGGUGAUGAGCGGUGCCUGGUUUCCUCCAUACGUGACACUUGGCAUUCAGGCCAAAGAGUUCAAUCUUGGUUUCAUCAGACCAGAGAAUCUUGUUUCUCAUGGUCUGAGAGUCCUUAAGCUGCCUUUUGGCAAACUGCAAGCGGGCUGUCAUAUGCCUUUCACUGAGGAGUGACUUCCGUCUGGCCACUCUACCAUAAAGGCCUGAUUGGUGGUGUUGCAGAGAUGGUUGUCCUUCUGGAAGGUUCUCCCAUCUCCACUGAGGAACUCUGGAGCUCUGUCAGAGUGACCAUCGGGUUCUUGGUCACCUCCCUGACCAAGGCCCUUCUCCCCCGAUUGCUCAGUUUGGCCGGGCGGCCAGCUCUAGGAAGCAUCUUGGUGGUUCCAAACUUCUUCCAUUUCAGAAUGAUGGAGGCCACUGUGUUCUUGGGGACCUUCAAUGCUGCAGAAAUGUUUUGGUACCCUUCUCCAGAUCUGUGCUUCGACACAAUCCUGUCUCGGAGAUCUAUGGACAAUUCCUUCAACCUCAUGGCUUGGUAAUUGCUCUGACAUGCACUUUCAACUAUGGGACCUUAUAUACACAGGCGUGUGCCUUUCCAAAUCAUGUCCAAUCAAUUGAAUUUACCACAGGUGGACUCCAAUCAAGUUGUUGAAACAUCUCAAGGAUGAUCAAUGGAAACAGGAUGCACCUGAGCUCAAUUUCGAGUCUCAUAGCAAAGGGUCUGAAUACUUAUGUACAGGUAGUAAGGUAUUUUCUUUUUUUAUUUGUAAUACAUUUGCAAAAAUGUAUAGAAACCUGUUUUUGAUUUGUCAUUAUGGGGUAUUGUGUGUAGAUUGAUGAGGAAACAUUUAAUUUAAUCCUGUGGAAAAAGGGAAGGGGUCUGAAUACUUUUUGAAUGCACUGUGUACAUCACACAUCAUAAAACAUAACAUUUUAUUAUUUAACCUUGCACAUUAUAUCACACUGUAUCACAUUAUACCUACAUGCCCCCAGGACCAAGCUCUGCUCCAUAGGGGGUUGUAGCAUAUACAGUACAUCAUAUACAUAUAACAUUAGACAAUAUAUCACACAUUAACCCUAUGCAUCACUGUUUUUAUACUGUCUAACAUUCUAACUGAACACAUACUAUGGUUAUACAUUGAGAUACCCUCAGCCAUGUAGGCCUAUACAUCAGCUUGACUGACACAUUCUAUCUCCCUCUCUCUAUUGUAGGUCCAUGCUCUAUAACGGUUCAGAGGUCAUCAGAGAUUUAGAGUGGGUGAUCUUUGACGAGGUUCACUACAUCAAUGAUGCUGAGGUAACAGAGAAGCCUCACUCUCAAAACCUGCCCCUCUCACUCUUUUAGUCAAUCAAGUGUCACUAAAUCUCAUUCUCUCCUGUUUUCUUUCCCUCCCUUUCUAUCUUUCUCUCCCUCUUAGAGAGGAGUGGUGUGGGAGGAGGUUCUAAUCAUGUUACCUGAUCACGUCAGUAUUAUUCUGCUGAGUGCCACUGUCCCCAAUGCAGUGGAGUUCAGUGAGUGGAUCGGGUACGUUGUCAACUAUUGCCUACUGUUCUCCUGAUCACCCUAAACACCAUCUGUCAUCAUCAAACCCAAAGCAUGUAUGUUGGGAAACACACUGUUAAACCAUGUGCGUUUUCUUGAUUACAUGACCUACUGAGGAAAAACUCUGUGCCCUAAUAUCUGAGUAUUUCUUGGUCAAGUCACGUGGUUAGAAAGAAACUCCUGGCCCUAGUUAAAGUAUAGUAAUAUCUGUUGCUGUGGUCACAGUAUGGAGCAUUUAUAGUGUGUGUUCAAUGUUGUGCUUGGCCUCUAGUAUAUAAAUGGAAUGAUGUCUGAGCUGUGAAUGGAUGCUUCAGUUUCUCCCCUCCCUUCCUCUCUCCUCUCCAGGCGCAUUAAGAAGAAGCACAUCUAUGUGAUUAGCACAGCAAAGAGACCUGUGCCUCUGGAGCACUACCUGUACACAGGCAACAGCACCAAGACCCAGAAAGAGAUGUUCCUACUGCUGGACGCUACAGGCAACUUCCAAACCAAAGGGUACGUACACACACACCUGGGCUCAUGUAUAUGUUAGGUUUGUCAUUAGACUUGGGACAAAAAACCGAAAAUUAUUGAUACAGACCGAAACAACAAUUUAUCGAUUACAUUUUACUGAUAUCAAUAAUAACUAUGAGUAACCUUCACUAAAAUAAUGUGAAGUUUGAAAUUAAAUAAGUCUGCUACUAUGGGCUAUUGCUAACAGGGCAAUAAUAUUCACAACAUUCAAAGUAGUAUUAGUAGUUUUAAGGGUAAUAUGAAAAAGUAACUGGUGCAAAUUAAUGUUGUAAACUUAUCAUUCAAUUUAUUGUUAACGUGAUAAUCAGUCAAUUUAUAGUGAUAUGGAUUAUUAAAUUGUUUUAUGUUGCUGGUUUCUUUGUUUUUAAGGUACUAUGCUGCAAUAGAUGCCAAAAAGGAACGUACCAGUAAACACGCCCAGUCCUUUGGGACGUAAAAUAUAUCUCAGAACACUACACCCAACCAGGUACAGAAUAUCACCCCUACUCUCUCUCUCUCUGUCCUCCUUACCCUCUCUGUCACUCACUCAUCCCCAUUGUAGCACUUCUGUCCGUUUUUGAACAUCUUCUCUCUGUAUCAUUUCUUUACUCUUUCCCUCUCCAUUUUCUCAUCCCUCUCUCCAUCUCUCUCCACCAGGUCCGGGCGGUAUGGCUUUUCCUCCUCCACUUCCUGUCCCAGCGCCAGCAGACCCCCGUGGUGGCGUUCACCUUCUCCAGGACUCGCUGCGACAACAACGCCCGCUCUCUAGCCUCCAUGGACCUUACCAGCUCGGUGGAGAAGAGCGAGAUCCACUCCUUCUUCCAGAAGAGCCUGAGCCGCCUCAGGGGAGGGGACCGCCAGCUGCCCCAGGUAGGGUGCACUCUGGCUGGGACCGGUUUGCUUCAGUGUCUGAGAGAACUAAGACCUGCCUAUCAAGUGUACCCAUGUUCUACUUGAAAAUUUUCAUGCAACCAUCAACAAUGCAAUGAAUUCAGCUCAUAUGGCUGUGGAUUUAUUAUUCCCUAUCAUAGCCAAUUGUAGCAAAUAGAUUGAACUGUUGGACAUGUAACCUAGGAAUUGUUAGAUUGUACAUUUACAUUUUAGUUGUGACUUUUGGCAAAAAUUCAAGAUCAUUUACUGAUUAAUUACUGGAAUAAUUAAUUGAUUAGAUUAAUUUGGUUAUCCUAUCCAAAUGUAUCUAAGAGGGCACCAUUAAGGGUUGGAUAUAGAGAAACCCUUCAAUUAACUCUAUCAGUAGUUAUCGUUAACCGUUAUACCAUUAAUCACCAUCAACAAUAGUCUAAUCAACAGUCAAUUUACUAUAUUCUCCAUUCUGAAUAGCCAUCAUUUCUGGAACUGCAAAAACCCAGUCGCUCGCAAAUGACUUCAAUGCCAUAUAAUUAAUUCAAGGUUUUAUUUAUUAGACUAAACAAGUUGGGAAAUGACGUAGUUAAGACUUACAAUAUAAAGACAGGGUACUUUGGGAUGCAACACAGUUAUUGAGGUGAGAGGCUCCACAGGUCAAUAUGAAUGGCUUCCGUACUCAACUCAGGCAAAUACAACAACACAUUCACAGGACGUUUGAGAAUUAUAUGAUCUUAUUAAUUGAAAGAGAAAAUGUGAGAGGACUACGUCGACAUAGGCUUUCACAACCGGGAAACUAUAGAGCUCACCAACCAGGAACAGACAUGAACUAGGCUACCAAUUAGCAUCCGAUGUGGACAGUGCUGGGACAGUAUUGAUGAAGAGUUUGUAAAUUAGACCUGCCGUCUUACAAUACUCAAUGACUUCCACCACUUUACACACACAACACCAAUUUCAGAGGAAAAGAAGAAUGCAACAGGAUAAAUUACUUGCAUGGGUUGUUGCCUGCCCAGUUGGAUUCCAUUAGGAUGGGAUGGAGCCGGUUCAAAGGUUGUUGUCCAAGUCUCUCUCGACAGUAAUGCUGAGGCCAGCAGGCCAAAGUAGCUCACAGCCGAAUGAGCUAUACCCACUUCUCUCUGUUCUCAGUCUAAGAAAGUAAAUUAUUUUAGAGCCCAUCCCGAUUGUGAACUCAGUCAGUUAGUCUUGAAUGAGCAUACAGUGCGUUCCGCAGGAUCACCUCUGGGAUGAUUGCUUCUGUCUGAGUAGGAUAUGGUCUCGUCGAUAGGUGUUUGGCUUCCAAGGAGAUGUAGGACAUUUGUUCAACUGGUGUGGCCGCACUGCGAAGAAGCUUGAUCUGCCAGUCUGUUAGCAAGUCCUGUAUUUAUAGGGAUAUUCACAGAGGGCGGGCUGGUUAGUCCAGACAGGUUGUCACAGGACCACCCCGUUGAUUCUGAGAAUUCAGCACAGUUAUGUCCAUUGAGAUAAAUCUGAGAUUUCCUCAUAAGUGUCCACAGUAUGUUCCUACUGUACAGAAAACCGUUAAACAGACCCUAGGAUGAAAUAUGUAGCAUAUAGGUUCUAAACAUGCUUUGAGUAAAAUACACAUUAAACCCCCUUUUAAUGACAUAGAAAAAUCAGAAGAAAACUGUCACAAUAUGCUUCAAGUUAUGCCAACAUGUUAUGAGUCGUUCAGUUUGAUACAUUGUUCAGAAACGUGUUUAAAUGUCACUGGUGCAAUUGCCGCUACUUUUCCCUCUUGUUACAAGGAAUAUUAUUGCCUGACCCCCCUCUUUCUUUGAAUUUACAUCCAGGGUGCCUGAAAGUCUAGUUGCUAAUCCAUAGUAACACAUGUAUGCAGAUCGUAAGAUGGUCUCCUAAUCGGCAGAAAGUGUCUGUUCUUUGUCUCCUUGACCUCCCCCAGGGGACACUCGGAGUCGUAAAAUGGGGAAAGGGAGAGGAGUUCUUCUGAUAGGGGCGUCUUGUAAGCUACUCAGUGACAGGAAGGGCUAACCCCCCUUUCACCACAUUGAUGCGUGCACAGGGUAUUUUGGUAUUUUAUUAGGAUCCCCAUUAGCUGUUGCAAAAGCAGCAGCUACUCUUCCUGGGGUCCACACAAAACAUGAAACAUUACAUAAUACAGAACAGUAAUAGACAAGAACAGCUCAAGGACAGAACUACAUAAACAUUUUUUUAAAGGCACACGUAGCCUACAUAUCAAUACAUACACACAAACUAUCUAGGUCAAAUAGGGGAGUGGCGUUGUACACAGGGAACAUCUGCUCCUUCAUCAUUCAUAGCUUGAGGGAGGCGCUGUCAAUAACAUGGAGAGUGCGUGACCCUCCUCGUGGGCUCUUUUUACAACAAAGUCACUUUGCAGAUGCUCUUAUCCAGAGCGACUUACAGGAGCAAUUAGGGGUUAGUGCCUUGCUCAAGGGCACAUUGACAGAUUUUUCACCAGUCGUCUCGGGGAUUCGAACCAGCGACCAUUCGGUUACUGGCCCAAUGCUCUUAACUGCUACGCUACCUGCCGCUCCACCUGUCUUGUUACCAACCCCUCCUCUGUUGUAGAUCCUGUUGAUGAGGGACCAGCUGAAGAGGGGGAUCGGCGUGCAUCACAGCGGCAUCCUGCCAAUCUUGAAGGAGGUCAUUGAGAUGCUGUUCUCGCGGGGGCUAGUAAAGGUGAGUCUUAUUGGUCCAUUUUUGAAUCAAUGUGACAAUUUGUCAAUAUCUUGAAAUGCCAUGUCUGAUGAAAAGUCCUAACUUCUCUACCUCUGUCAUCAAAUCACAAUUUAUUUAAAGUGCAUUUAACAACGUCUUGACACACUUUACAAAUAAAUGUUCGCUCAGGUCUGUUUUGUUUAACUUGCUGGGACAAACGUUUCAUUAGGAAAAAAAGUGAAUGUCAUUUCCCUCUUUACACGCUUUAAAAAAAUGUUUCAUCACUCUCGUUCUUUUUUUUGAUGACUGUCUCUCUCGGUCUCGUCUCAACUCGCUCCUGCAUCUAGUGUUUGACGCUCUCGAACUCAUCGAUGGCUCUCCCUCUGUUCUCCUUCCUCUCCCUCUCCCUCUUCUCACCUUAUAACAGAAACUAUUCACGUCACAUCUUUCAUUAUGGCCAAAGGAAAUCGUUUGAAUUCAUCCAAGGUUAAUGUUUUGAACGGCACGUCUUGAUUUAACAUGCUCAUCUCUCCAUUAAUCUAAACGGGAAGCACAUACGCACACUUCAUUGGAAAGAACGGUGUUACAGGGUUAAUGUUAACUGAGCAACUGAUUAAACCUGAUUCUAAUUACGGGGAGAAUUGAAACGGUCUACAGGAGUAUUACUGAGCAACGUCAAUCUAAUCUCCUCUCGGCUCGCUCUCUCUCUCUCUCUCUCUCUCUCUCUCUCUCUCUCUCUCUCUCUCUCGCUCUCUCUCGCUCUCUCUCUCUCUCUCUCUCGCUCUCUCUCUCUCUCCUCUCUCUCUCUCUCUCUCUCUCUCUCUCUCUCUCCUCUCUCUCUCUCUCUCUCUCUCUCUCUCUCUCUCUCUCUCUCUCUCUCUCUGAUGUUUGAGUGGAGAGGAAAAAAUAGAAUGGAUGUUUUUCUACAUGUUUAAGAGCUCUUAGUACCGUAUGACCAGGGUUUCCGUUAGCCGGUAAAUGACGGCUUUUGGCGGAUAAAAAAAAUGAAAAGCCGAUAAAGAAAAUGUUGCCGGCCAAAUUGUCCGGGAGAAAAAUUAUAUCCAUUGCAAAAUAAAGCUUUUUAUUCAUUGAUGGAAAACCAGUCGAAUUACAAAUUUUAAUUUUACAAUGAUCUGAAUGUGAUUUUCAGCACUGCGGGUGGAUGCCCUAAUGCGUUACGCACCCAAUGCAUAUGGAUGUCCGGUAAAUUAAAAUCUUGCUGGUCACGUUGUCUGGUGCCACAUUUUUGUAACGGAAACCCUGCGUAUGACUGACCUGCCUCUUUUGGCUUGCUCUCUCUCUCUGUCUGUAAUCUGUAAUCAUGACGUGCUUUGAGAGGCUGGUUAUAGCACACAUAAACUCCAUCAUCCCAGACACCCUAGACCCACCAUAAUUUGCAUACCGCCUCAACAGAUCCAUAGACAACACAAUCUCCAUUGCACUCCACACUGCCCUCACCGACCUAGAUAAGAGGAAUACCUAUGUGAGAAUGCUGUUCAUUGACUCCAGCUCAGCGUUCAACACCAUUUUCCCCUCCAAACUCAUCACCAAGCUUAGGACCCUGGGACUGAACACCUUCUGCAACUGGAUCCUGGUCUUCCUGACGGGCCGACCCCAGGUGGUGAGGGUAGGUAACAUCACCUCCGCCACACUGACCCCCAACACGGGGGCCCCACAGGGGUGUGUGCUUAGUCCCUUCCUGUUCUCCAUGUUCACCCACAACUGCUUGGCCACACACAACUCCAACACCAUCAUCAAGUUUGCUGAUGACACGACAUUGACCUGGCAGUGUGGGGCCGGAACAACAACCUCUCCCUUAACGUCAGUAAGACCAAGGAGCUGAUUGUGGACUACAGGAAAGGGGGGGGGGGGGGGGGGGGGGCAGCAGCACGUCCCCAUCCACAUCAAUGGGGCUGCAGUGGAGCAGGUCGAGAGCUUUUAAGUUCCUCUGUGUCCUAAUCACUAAGAACUUAAAAUGGUCCACACACACGCACAGUCGUGAAGAAGGCGCGACAGUGCCUCUUCCUCCUCAGGAGGUUGAAAAGGUUUGUCAUGGGCCCUCAAUAAGUUAUACAGCUGUACCAAUGAGAGCGUAUUGACUGGCUGCAUCACUGCUUGGUAUGGCAAUAGCACCGCCCUCGAUCGCAUGGCGCUACAGAGGGUGGUGCGGACAGCCCAGUACAUCACUGUGACUGAGCUCCCUGCCAUCCAGGACCUCUAUAUCAGUCUGUGUGAAAGGAAGGCCCAGAAAAUCGUUAAAGACUCCAACCACCCAAGCAACUGUUCUCUGCUUCCACACGGCAAGCGGUACCGGUGCAUCAAGUCUGACACCAACAGGCUCCUGAACAGCUUCUAUCCCCAUGCCAUAAAACUGCUAAAUAGCUAACUAAAUAGCUACACGGACGAUCUUUUGUUUUUUAUUCUUAUUUUUGCACUGUCUCUAUGCACACUCACAGGGCCCUACACACUACGCACACUGAUACUCCAACACGCAUACAUACAGUCGUGGUCAAAAGUUUUGAGAAUGACACAAGUAUUGGUCUUCACAAAGUUCGCUGCUUCAGUGUUAUGAGAUAUUUUUGUCAGAUGUUACUAUGGUAUACUGAAGUAUAAUUACAAGCAUUCCAUAAGUGUCAAAGGCUUUUAUUGACAAUUACAUUAAGUUUAUGCAAAGAGUCAAUAUUUGCAGUGUUGAACCUUCUUUUUCAAGACCUCUGCAAUCCGCCAUGGCAUGCUGUCAAUUAACUUCUGGGCCACAUCCUGACUGAUGACAGCCCAUUCUUGCAUAAUCAAUGCUUGGAGUUUGUCAGAAUUUGUGGGUUUUUGUUUGUCCACUCGCCUGUUGAGGAUCGACAGUGGGAGAAGUUGCUCUCGGAGGAUGUGUUGGUACCAUUCUUUAUUCAUGGCUUGGUUCUCAAAAUUAUAAGUGAGCCCACUCCCUUGGCUGAGAAGCAACCCCACACAUGAAUGGUCUCAGGAUGCUUUACUGUUGGCAUGACACAGGACUGAUGGUAUGACACAGGACUGAUGGUAGCGCUCACCUUGUCUUCUCCGUACAAGGUGUUUUCCGGAUGCCCCAAGCAAUCGGAAAGGGGAUUAAUCCGAGAAAAUGACUUUACCCCAGUCCUCAGCAGUCCAAUCCCUGUACCUUUUGCAGAAUAUUUGUCUGUCCCUGAUGUUUUUCCUGGAGAGAAGUGUCUUCUUUGCUGCCCUUCUUGACACCAGGCCAUCCUCCAAAAGUCUUCGCCUCACUGUGCAUGCAGAUGCAGUCACACCUGCCUGCUGCUAUUGCUGAGCAAGCUCUGCACUGGUGGUGCCCCGAUCCCGCAGCUGAAUCAACUUUAGGAGACGGUCCUAGCGCUUGCUGGACUUUCUUGGGCGCCCUGACGCCUUCUUCACAACAAUUGAACCUCUCUCCUUGAAGUUAUAAUAUAAUAACAAGUUCUUGAUGAUCUGAUAAAUGGUUGAUUUAGGUGCAAUCUUACUAGCAGCAAUAUCCUUGCCUGUGAAGCCCUUUUUGUGCAAAGCAAUGAUGACGGCACGUGUUUCCUUGCAGGUAACCAUGGUUAACAGAGGAAGAACAAUGAUUUCAAGCACCACCCUCAUUUUAAAGCUUCCAGUCUGUUAUUCUAACUCAUUCAGCAUGACAGAGUGAUCUCCAGCCUUGUCCUCGUCAACACUCUCACCUGUGUUAACGAGAUAAUCACUGACAUGAUGGCAGCUGGUCCUUUUGUGGCAGGGCUGAAAUGCAGUGGAAAUGUUUUUUGGGGAUUAAGUUCAUUUUCAUGGCAAAGAGGGACUUUGCAAUUAAUUGCAAUUCAUCUGAUCACUCUUCAUGACAUUCUGGAGUAUAUGCAAAUUGCCAUCAUCAAAACUGAGGCAGCAGACUUUGUGAAAAUUAGUAUUUGUGUCAUUCUCAAAACUUUUGACCACGACUUUUGACUCACUCCAUCAUUUGCUCACGCACACAUAAUGCACAUACAUUUAUACUGACUACACACAAUCACUCACAUACAAUCAUCAUAAAUGCUGCUGCUACUCUGUUUAUCAUAUCCUGAUGCCUAGUCACCUUACCCCUAUACAUAUCUACCUCUAUCAAUCCAGUAUCCCUGCACAUUGUAAAUAUGGUACUGGAACUGACCUUGUAUAUAGUAUGCUUACUUUAUCGUGUUCUUAUUUUUAUAGCUUGUGUGUUUUUGUUCUACCCUGUUAUUUUUAGUAUUACAUUGUUAUUGAUUCCUGCAUUGUUGUGGUUAGAGCUUGCAAGAAAGGCAUUUCACUGCAUGUGACAUUCACUUUAAACUUGUCUCUCUCUCUCUCUCUCUGAUGUUUGAGUGGAUAGGAGAAAAUAGAAUGAAUGUUUUUCUACAUGUUUAAGAGCUCUUAGUACCGUAUGACUAACCUCUCUCUCUCUCUCUCUCCCUCACUCACUCAUUCAUUCAUUCAUUCACUCACUCACUCUCUCUCUCUCUCUCUCUCUCUCUCUCUCUCUCUCUCUCUCUCUCUCCUCUCUCUCUCUCUCUCUCUCUCUCUCUCUCUCUCUCUCUCACUCUCUCUCUCUCUCUCUCUCUCUCUCUCUCAGGUGAGUAUAUCCAGAUGGCUGGUAGGAGAGGUCUGGAUGCCACAGGCACUGUCAUCAUCCUCUGUAAGUCAGGGGUACAUGACAUGGGAGACCUACAUGUCAUGAUGCUGGUAAGGCUUCCAUCAGAAUGUACUGUUGUCUUCCAUUUAAUACCACUACAUCAGUGUUAUAAAACAUUUUUGUGAUCAACUUUUUAUACUUUUUUUGCUGACAGGACAAACAAACACAAACCAACAGAUGUUACACAAAUAUACAUUUAUCUCCCUCCACUUUCCACCUGCAGGACUCUCUUACUUGAGUGCAUAUAUCAAAGUAGGGAUUUUAAAGUAUUGUGGUCCAUAUGUUAAUAUUGUCUGACUUUGCACCAUGCAGUCAACAGAUUGACAGUUCAAGUUGAACAAUGUCCAUGAAUGAGAAAAUCCAUUGCUGAUGUGGCAGAAUGUGUGGGGCUUGCCAUCGUAAGGAAACCAUUCUCUUGGCUGCUGUUAGGCCAGCAAGCCAAAUCCUUCUUUGCCUGUAUGUUAGGUUCAGUGAAGUAUCAUCAUUAAGCAGUAGCACAUUGGAAGGACAUGGGAUGGGUUUAGACAAAAUGCUUGAUAAUGAUGAAGCCACCGAUUGCCAAAAGGAACCAUAUGAAUGAAUGUGCCAGGAGUACCCUGGAGGCAGAGCAUACAGACAGUGGUUGAAUUUAUGUUCAUCUGAAAAAGUUUUUUCAGAGUCACAUAACUUGUGUGCAAAAUUGUAGUGGGUGAUUUGGGUUUCUUGAGAAUGUAAUGUUGGACCAGACAGUACUCCAGUUAAUAUCUACUGCUGGUAUAGCUUAGGUAUGGGCAUUUGAAAAAAUGUCACUAUUUACAUUUUGACACAUAUCCGGAUAGUCCUUUGUUUAAACUUGGACACUUGUUUUCUGCGCACCCUACACAACACGGGAGAGACUGUGCGCGCUGCAGCAGGGUGGGGGAUCGGCAGUGGUCGGUGGUGUGUGCAUGGGAGGGAGAGAGAAAAAGUAGCCACUGACUCGCGCUAGUUAGACAAACUUGUAAAUGCCAUAGGUUAUCUAUCAUCCCAUCUGGCAGUGCCUGUCUUUACUGCGUCAAAUCAAUGUAAAGAAGCUAGCUAAGAUGUUAGCUAGCCAGCUAGUUGAGGCUAUUUUGCUAUGCUCCACCUCACCGUCCUUGUCCACAACUCAAUUCAUAUUAAACAACAGCCUUCCUGUUUGUUGAUCAUUGUAGCCUACUCCUUCUCAUUUAACUAAUUGAAUUUGAAUUCCAUUUUGCAUUGAUUAGAGAUCUCCCACUUCACAUUGCUACACAUGGAGUCUCUGACUGUAGUGCCAACAAUAAGCUACACGCAUGAAACACCUGUGUAGACUAUAGCUACAGUAUGUAUUUUUAUGCGGCUCAUGUCAUAAAAACUAUAUUCAAAAGUUAGUUUUUAUUAAAUUUAGAAUUUCAAAUGUCAUGGUAUAUCCUUCCUUGUAUGUAGCAAUGCCAUGUAGAUUAUUUAAUUUAAUUAAGACAACGCCUUUUAAUUGUUAAAAUAGGCCUAUGAUUUGUUAUAAAAAAAAAAAAAGAAUACUCUCUUAAGUAUUCGAAAUUUGAGGUCCAUUCAGAUAUUAAGGUCUGUUCAGAUAUUCGUAUAUUCUAAUAACCAUGCCCAUCCCUAGUAUAUUUGUGUUCCAUUUUGAAUGUAUUGGUAAUUGAUGAUAUGUUGCUUUGAAUAAGGAAUACAAAUAUAAACGCAACAUGCAACAAUUUCAAAGACUUGACUGAGUUAUAGUUCAUAUAAGGAAAUCAGUCAAUUUAAAUACAUUCAUUAGGCCCUAAUCUAUGGAUUUCACAUGACUGGGAAUACAGAUAUGGAUCUGUUGGUCACAGAUACCUUAAAAAAAGGUAGGGGCGUGGAUCAGAAAACCAGUCAGUAUCUGGUGUGACCACCACUUGCCUCAUGUAGUGUGACACAUCUCCUUCACAUAAGAGUUGAUCAGGCUGUUGAUUGUGGCCUGUGGAAUGUUGUCCCACUCCUCUUCAAUGGCUGUGCGAAGUUGCUGGAUAUUGGCAGGAACUGGAACACGCUGUCAUACAUCGAUCCAGAGCAUCCCAAACAUGCUCAAUGGGUGACAUGUCUGGUGAGCAUGCUGGCCGUGGAAGAAAUGGGACAUUUUCAGAUUCCAGGAAUUGUGUACUUGCGACAAGGGGCCUUGCAUUAUCAUGUUGAAACAUGAGGUGAUGGCGGCAGAUGAAUGGCACGACAGUGGGCCUCAUGAUCUCGUCACAGUAUCUCUGUGCAUUCAAAUUGCCAUCGAUAAAAUGCAAUUGUGUAUGUUGUCCGUAGCUUAUGCCUGCCCAUACCAUAACCCCACCGCCACCAUGGGGCACUCUGUUAACAACGUUGACAUCAGCAAACUGCUCUCCCACACAACGCCAUUAGCCCGGUACAGUUGAAACCGGGAUUCAUCCAUGAAGAGCACACUUCUCCAACUUGCCAGUGGCCAUUGAAGGUGAGCAUUUGCCCACUGAAGUCGGUUACGACGCCAAACUGUAGUCAGGUCAAGACCCUAGUGAGGACAAUGAGCACACAGAUUAGCAGUUUGUGCAGAAAUUCUUCGGUUGUGCAAAUCCACAGUUCCAUCAGCUGUCUGGGUGGCUGGUCUCAGACGAUCCCGCAGGUGAAGAAGUCGGAUGUGGACGUCCUGGGCUGGCGUGGUUACAUGUGGUCUACGGUUGUGAGGCGGGUUGGACGUACUGCCAAAUUCUCUAAAACGACAUUGGAGACGGAUUAUGGUAGAGAAAUUAACUUUAAAUUCUCUGGCAACAGCUCUGGUGGGCAUUCCUGCAGUCAGCAUGCCAAUUGCACGCUCCCUCAAAACUUGAGACAUCUGUGGCAUUGUGUUGUGUGACAAAACUGCACAUUUUAGAGUGGUCUUUUAUUGUCCCCAGCACAAGGUACCCCUGUGUAAUGAUCACGCUGUUUAAUCUGCUUUUUGAUAUGCCAUACCAUGUCAAGUGGAUGGAUUAUUUUGGCAAAGGAGAAAUGCUCACUAAAAGGGAUGUAAACAAAUUUCUGCAAAAAAAUUUUUUAUGUGUGUAUAUAAUUUGGUCAAGACUAUGCCCUUACUUACCCUUGCUGUCAUUAUUUUGUGAAUUGGAUGAGAUACUAGCUCUGAACCCCAGGUUACGUAGAGCAGAACGAAGCUGCAAAUAAAAGAAAAAUGAAGGACCAUGCAGAUUGUAUUGCUUUUCAAGUCUUGGUGAUUAUUUAUUUUUUGUAAAAAAAAAUCUUCAAAAAAGAAUAACAUUUGGGAGUAUUAAUGAUUUUUAAACAAUUCUGCAUUACUUUUUACAAUGAAAAUUGUUUAAUAAACAUCCGUCUGUUACAUUCAAUGAUUAAAUUGAUACAAAAUUUGACCGCUAAAAUAUUCUAUGUUAAAAAACUCUGCUUACAUUUGAGAGUGAUUUGGUGGUCCCUGGAAAGGAAAAGUUUAGGAACCGCUGCUCUACAUCACAGUCGGUUCUUUUGUUAGAAGUGUAUUACUUGGCUUACUUUUCCCAUGGGUGAGGGGAUAGCUCAUAUAAUUAGAAAGGGAUUGCUAUUCUAACAAGGAUAUAAUAAUGAAAUCCCAUAUUUUGUAUUUAAAUCCGAAAUCCCUCAAUAGGUUCCAUCUACCUCGCCCUCUAAGUGCUCCUCCGUUGCACAGAAUAUAGGCUGAGUCCCAAUUGGCACCCUAUGCCCUAUGUAGUGCACUACUUUUGACCAGGGCCCAUAGGGAACUGGUCAAAAGUAGUGCAUUAUGUAGGGUUUGGAAAUAGGGUGCCAUUUAGGAAAAAGCCAUACACUCCUCAAGGGUUGCUGCAUGCUAGAUUGUAUAAACAAGUGCCUCAUUAAACUGUCAAGGGCUUUAUUUUUAACCAACCUCUCUAAUGUGGGGCUUUUGAGUGGACUUUAAUGUGGGGCUUUGGAGUGGACUAUUUCCAUCCUCAAUUGGUCCUCCUGUUUCUAUACUGUACUGUAGAAAACAUGAUCAUAUUUCCCGAUCACCCUCUCGCUGCCCACUGCCAUUUGUUGAUCAAUUGUUGGAUCAAUCUUCGGAUAAAUUGUUUUAGCCUUAUGCUAACAGUCAUUGCUUGAUAGCAGUGGUAGCUAAUCGCUAACUGUUAGUGUAUAACUAUGGCCCCGAGUUUUUCAUCAGGGAAAAAUGUAGGCUCCUAUAACAGUUGUUUGCUUUGCUAAUUGCUGUCUAUAUGAUUAGAAAUGCUCAACUUCAUCCUCCGUACCUCCACCCUGUGUGAUCUAGCACUAACCUUUCUCAAUCGACAUUGAAAGGUUCUGCUCCAUUACCUCCAUUUAGUGUAUACAACAUAAAAGUGACAUUCAUUUUAAAUUACAUACAUUUGAAUGACACUUCUUCUUUGUCGUCCAGGGUAAGUGACGGGGUGAUUUUGACCGUUUCCUACUACAAAAAGAGUCUAAAUGGAUCCACCUCCUAGAUACUGUCGCUCCCCACGGAUUAAACAAACCAACUAUAGCUAAACUGUUUUCUCUAGUAUACCUAGACCUUCCUAGACUUGACCAGUAGCAUUUUGUGUAUUUUCCUUGUUCUUCUGAGUUUUUUGUUAAUCGCCAUGGUGUGCGUUGUCUUUUACGCAACAGUGCAUGAAUUGUAUUUUACGCACACAACUCUAAAACAUUAACCCUUUACGCACUUCCAUUGUAUACAUCCCUGUGCGUUAUUUUUCAUGUUGCCCCUAUACACUGACGUGAUCAUGUUGUGUGUGUAUAUAUAUAUGUUUUGUAUAUAGUUUAUUUUCCUGACAUGUGACAUUUACUUGCCCCACCUCUAUUUCUAGAGACACGUCACCUUCCGUCUACAAUGCUGCCUGUGGAAGACUAGUAGUCGAAAUGCGUUACAGUUGUGCGUCCUGAUGUACAAUGCUGACUGCUCCUAUGUAUUAUUUUGUAAAUAUAUUCAGUUAGUAGUUCACUAAAGUUUAAUGCAACGUACUGGCCGCCUACUCGUCUUCUUUCUUCGUCCAGGGGAAGCCCACAGUGCUGCAAUCCCAGUUCAGGCUGACCUACACCAUGAUUCUCAACCUGCUGCGUGUGGAGGCCCUCCGAGUCACCGACAUGAUGAUGAGGAGUUUCUCUGAGAGCCACAGAGACACACAGGUACUGUACUACAUAACCCACAAGCACUUGGGACAAAAGACUAGAGAUAAUGCAUGACACGACCUAUGAGGACUACCAGUUUUAAAAAUGUGACUACAUUUAAAAAACCAGAGCUCCUUUAUCAAAGGCCCAUUCAGCUUUUGAUACAGUUGAAGUCGGAAGUUGACAUACACAUAGGUUGGAGUCAUUAAAACUCAUUUUUCAACCACUCCACAAAUGUCUUGUUAACAAACUAUAGUUUUGACAAGUCGGUUAGGACAUCUACUUUGUGCAUGACACAAGUAAUUGUUCCAACAAUUGUUUACAGACAGAUUAUUUCACUUAUAAUUCACUGUAUCACAAUUCCAGUGGGUCAGAUGUUUACAUACACUAAGUUGACUGUGCCUUUAAACAGCUUGGAAAAUUCCAGAAAAUGAUGUCAUGGCUUUAGAAGCUUCUGAUAGGCUAAUUGACAUAAUUUGAGUCAAUUGGAGGUGUACCUGUGGAUGUAUUUCAAGGCCUACCUUCAAACUCAGUGCCUCUUUGCUUGACAUCAUGGGAAAAUCAAAAGAAAUCAGCCAAGACCUCAGAAAAGAAAUUGUAGACCUCCACAAGUCUGGUUUAUCCUUGGGAGCAAUUUCCAAACGCCUGAAGGUACAUCGUUCAUCUGUACAAACAAUAGUACGCAAGUAUAAACACCAUGGGACCACGCAGCCGCCAUACAGCUCAGGAAGGAGGGGCGUUCUGUCCCUAGAGAUUAACGUACUUUGGUGCGAAAAGUGCAAAUCAAUCCCAGAACAACAGCAAAGGACCUUGUGAAGAUGCUGGAGGAAACAGGUACAAAAGUAUCUAUAUCCACAGUAAAAUGAGUCCUAUAUCGACAUAACCUGAAAGGCCGCUCAGCAAGGAAGAAGCCACUACUCCAAAACCGCCAUAAAAAAAGACAGACUACGGUUUGCAACUGCACAUGGGGACAAAGAUCGUACUUUUUGGAGAAAUGUCCUCUGGUCUGAUGAAACAAAAAUAGAACUGUUUGGCCAUAAUGACCAUCGUUAUGUUUGGAGGAAAAAGGGGGUGGCUUGCAAGUCGAAGAACACCAUUCCAACCGUGAAGCACAGGGGUGGCAGCAUCAUGCUGUGGGGGUGCUUUGCUGCAGGAGGGACUGGUGCACUUCACAAAAUAGAUGGCAUCAUGAGGAAGGAAAAUGAUGUGGAUAUAUUGAAGCAACAUCUCAAGACAUCAGUCAGGAAGUUAAAGCUUGGUCGCAAAUGGGUCUUCCAAAUGGACAAUGACCCCAAGCAUACUUCCAAAGUUGUGGCAAAAUGGCUUAAGGACAACAAAGUCAAGGUAUUGGAGUGGCCAUCACAAAGCCCUGACCUCAAUCCUAUCGAAAAUGUGUGGGCAGAACUGAAAAAGCGUGUGCGAGCAAGGAGGCCUACAAACCUGACUCAGUUACACCAGCUCUGUCAGGAGGAAUGGGCCAAAAUUCACCCAACUUAUUGUGGGAAGCUUAUGGAAGGCUACCCGACACGUUUGACCCAAGUUAAACAAUUUAAAGGCAAUGCUACCAAAUACUAAUUGAAUGUAUGUAAACUUCUGACCCACUGGGAAUGUGAUGAAAGAAAUAAAAGCUUAAAUAAAUCAUUCUCUCUACUAUUAUUCUGACAUUUCACAUUCUUAAAAUAAAGUGGUGAUCCUAACUGACCUAAGACAGGGAACUUUUACUAGGAUUAAAUGUCAGGAAUUGUGAAAAAUAAAUGUAUUUGGCUAUUUGUUGUCACAUUUAUUUAUGCUUAUUGAGGAUCUACAUUCAUCUAUAUGAUUUUCCUACAUAAAGUCUCUCUCUCCAACCUGCGUUUGUAUGUAUUUGUGUGUGUAUAUCGGAGGAGUUGGGUAAAAAAAGCAGAAGACACAUUUCCAGCUCAUAUGAACUAAUAAAAGUAUAUAUUGUCUUGUCCUCUUUCUCCUCUCUUUCUCUCAGGCCCAUGAGCAGCAGAUAGGUCAGUUGAAACAGACUCUGUCCUCUCUCCCGCUUCUGGACAUGGAGGGUCAGCUGUCUGACCUACUGCCAUACUACUACACUGUCACUGAGCUACGCAUCACCGCUGAGGCGCUGCAGGUACACGCACAACAUAGUAUAGAGGCACACACACACACACAAAGACACACAUGUGCCCACAGACAGACACUCACGUAUGUAUAACACACACACUGUCUCAGAACACUCAAGCUCAAACCACAUCACAAAACAACUCAAGAUAAUUGAUUGUGCAAAAGUGUCAUCAUCUGAAAAAAUAUACAACAUCACUAUUAUUAGCUAAUUGUCCAUCUCUCAUCUGUCAGUGUGAAGUUCUGGGGUCCGUGAAUGGGUUGAAGGCUCUCUCCGUGGGACGGGUGGUAGUGGUCAACAACAAACAGCACUUCAACGCCCUCGGAGUCCUACAGGUGUGUGUGUGUCUGUGUGUGUGUGGACUGCAACUUGUUUUAGGUGACAAAGACAUUUCUCACUUCUCCUCUCAUCCUUCCAUUCUUUAAUUUCUCUCCCAGGUGUCCAGCGACUCAGUGAAUCGUACGUUUACUGCUCUCAUCAUCUGUGAGAAAGGCAACGAAGAGGGAGGAGGGGACAGCCCCAACGCCAGUGCCUUCCCCCAACUCUACAACACUGCCCUCUUUAUACCUGAGGGUCAGUUCAUGCACAUAUAUAUUCAUGCACACACACACUGAUUGAUGCUCAACCUCUCCCUAUUAGAGACAUACACAUUUACCAAUAAAGACUCACCAUACACACGCACACAGCUGUCUAAACACACACACACACACAGCUAAUUGAACACACACACACACACACACACACACACACACACACACACACACACACACACACACACACACACACACACAGCUACUUGAACACACACACAUGCUAACACUAACUAACAAGCUCACAUAAGCUUAAACUGAAUAACCAAUAACGAUUGUGUACGUUCUAUAUGAUCCGCUGAUAGGUCCCUGCAGUCACACGGUCCAGAAGCUGAAGCUACAGGACGUGUCAGCCAUCACAGUCAAGACCCUGAAGGUGAUCCCUGACCAAAUUAUUGACAACUAUAACAAGAGGCAGCAGCCGCGCUUCAGGUGUGUGUGUGUGACACUGUGUGUGUGUGUGUGUGUGUGCAUUCAUGCAUUAUCAUGUAGCGUAUACAGUAUGUUUCAGCCUUUUUGCAUAUUAUGGCUCCAUGUUUAUCUAUGCAAAUGAGGGGUUACAUCUGUGAUGUCAUCAUGACCACUCAACAGUGUCUAUCCAUCUGCCUUCCUUUUUUGAAUAGCACUCUACAUAUCAUUGAAUGCACAGAAAUAAAGAGCCACCACUCUUGAGUCUAUUUUCAUCUUUCUCUCCUUCCUUCCCCUUCCAUCCUUUCUCCCUCCCUCCAUUUCUCACAGGCUUGAUCCUCCGGGCCAAGCCAUCUCCACGGCAUCCCAGGAGCUCCUGCGAUUGGCGGAGGCCAACCCAGGCGGGGUGGUGACCCUUGACGCGGUGAACGACCUCCAGCUGAAGAGUGUGGAUGUGGUGGAGGGCACCAUGAGGCUGCACGUUCUGCAGGACAGCCUCAAAGACUUCAACUGCAUCCACUCACCCACCUUCUCAGAACAGGUGUGUGUGCGCGUGUGUUUAUGUGUGUGUGUGUGUGUCACUUCCAAACACUGACCUGAUAUUGCCAUAAUGAUGUUGGAGCACUCGUAUAAUGAACAGAGACCGGUCUGACAGACUGACUGUCUCCACACACCUGCGUCCUCCUCGGUCUUCCUCUCUUUCCCUCUGUCUUUUCCACUUCAUUCUCCCUUUCCAGCAGUGCUGAUAUAGGAUCCGUUACUGUCUUUUCGAUCAUAAUGAAUUAAAUUACAUGGACAGGGUGGACCUGAUCCUAGAUCAGCACUCCUACUCUGAGACUCUUUAUGAAUACACGCCCUGGACUCUUUUUAUUCUUCUUUCUAAUAGUAAUUAGUCAGACUGUAAUUUCUUUGGGCCUGCACCAUUGUUUCCAUUAUCCGGUAAUAGCCAGCUUUUGGUCGCUAUUAUUUUUUAAAGCUGCUAAAUAGAAUUUAGCCUAUUCAUUGAUUGAAAUACAAGUCGAUGUAGGUCGAGAGCUCAAACAGCUGUUUGUUGCUGCUGGAGUGAAACAUGUGCUUUAAUAAGCCCAAUCAUUAAGUGACAAUACUAAAGGCAAUCACGUAAACAUUUUUAAAAAAAAGACUGUUAAUUGAAGCGCGCUUCGCAUUCGCCAUUCAAGUUCAUAGGCAACUAGGCAGGCUUCAGCACGUCACACCACUUUGCAUUGAGCUGGAGGCAGUAUGCAUUUUGAAAACAUAUACUUAAUUGUUUGAAACCUAAAUGUUUUACUACAUAUAGGCAUGUCUUACCUUGCUUCAAAGUAGCCUAGCCAAAACCCAACCAAACUUGCAGGCAAUUAUUUUAUAAAGACCUCCAAAGGCCAUUGAAACCAGUAGCCUUUUUCUCCCAUUGGUUUUUUAAAACAACUUUCUUUCAUUGUCCAGUAGCCAAAAGCACAAGCCUAGUUAUAUUAGCAACCCAUGUCAGUUGUUGCAUACUUAAAUUUCCACUCUUGCAAAAUUUCUAACGGAAAUGUUCAUCUCUGUCACAUGAAACAUCUCACAAUGGUGUUUUCCCCCUAGUUGCAUUAAGGAACUAACUUUACAACUAACACACUGUGCAUAGCCUACUGCCUUGUGCUCAUUGCUGCGUUCAUAAUGUUAAGAAAUAAUAGUUUGUCAACAUUUUAUGCUAAAAGUUCUGAUCUGUUGCAUGAGCCUCAUUGCUUUUUAAAGUUUUUUGGAGGUACAGUGCUUUGCAAAAGUAUUCAUCCCCCUUCGCGUUUUUCCUAUUCUGUUGCAUUACAACUUGUAAUUUAAAUGGAUUUUUAUUUGGAUUUCAUGUUAUGGGCACACACAAAAUAGUACAAAUUGGUGAAGUGAAAUGAAAAAUAUAACUUCUUUCAAAAAAUUCUACAAAAUAAAUAACGAAAAAGUGGUGCGUGCAUAUGUAUUCACCCCCUUUGCUAUGAAGCCCCUAAAUAAGAUCUGGUGCAACCCCAAUUACCUUCAGAAGUCACAUAAUUAGUUAAAUAAAGUCCACCUGUGUGCAAUCUAAGUGUCACAUGAUCUGUCACAUGAUCUCAGUAUAUAUACACCUGUUCUGAAAGGCCCCAGAGUCUGCAACACCACUAAGCAAGGGGCACCACCAAGCAAGCGGCACCAUGAAGACCAAGGAGCUCUCCAAACAGGUCAGGGACAAAGUUGUGGAGAAGUACAGAUCAGGGUUGGAUUAUAAAAAAAUAUCAGAAACUUUGAACAUUCCACGGAGCACCAUUAAAUCCAUUAUUAAAAAAUGGAAAGAAUAUGGCACCACAACAAACCUGCCAAGAGGCGGCCGCCCACCAAAGCUCACGGACCAGGCAAGGAGGGCAUUAAUCAGAGAGAGAGGCAACAAAGAGACCGAAGAUAACCCUGAAGGAGCUGCAAAGCUCCACAGCGGAGGUUGGAGUAUCUGUCCAUAGGACCACUUUAAGCCGUACACUCCACAGAGCUGGGCUUUACGGAAGAGUGGACAGAAAAAAGCCAUUGCUUAAAUUAAGAAAUAAGCAAACACGUUUGGAGUUCGCAAAAAGGCAUGUGGGAGACUCCCCAAACAUAUGGAAGAAGGUACUCUGGUCAGAUGAGACUAAAAUAGAGCUUUUGGUGGCUGCAUCAUGCUGUGGGGAUGUUUGUCAUCGGCAGGGACUGGGAAACUGGUCAGAAUUGAAGGAAUUAUGGAUGGCGCUAAAUACAGGGAAAUUCUUGAGGGAAACCUGUUUCAGUCUUCCAGAGAUUUGAGACUGGGACAGAGGUUCACCUUCCAGCAGGACAAUGACCCUAAGCAUACUGCUAAAGCAACACUCGAGUGGUUUAAGGGGAAACAUUUAAAUGUCUUGGAAUGGCCUAGUCAAAUCCCAGACCUCAAUCCAAUUGAGAAUCUGUGGUAUGACUUAAAGAUUGCUGUACACCAGUGGAACCCAUCCAACUUGAAGGAGCUGCAGCAGUUUUGCCUUGAAGAAUGGGCAAAAAUCCCAGUGGCUAGAUGUGCCAAGCUUAUAGAGACAUACCCCAAGAGACUUGCAGCUGUAAUUGCUGCAAAAAGUGGCUCUACAAAGUAUUGACUUUGAGGGGGUGAAUAGUUAUGCACGCUCAAGUUUUCUGUUUUUUUGUCUUCUUUCUUGUUUGUUUCACAAAAAUGCAUCUUCAAAGUGGUAGGCAUGUUGUGUAAAUCAAAUGAUACAAACCCCCUAAAAAUCAAUUUUAAUUCCAGGUUGUAAGGCAACAAAAUAGGAAAAAUGCCAAGGGGGGUGAAUACUUUCGCAAGCCACUGUAGCCUAGGCCUACUGGUUAUAUUAAUUUAGGAUCUAUCGUCCCACAACUGUCCCAGAGUCUGUUUGGAAAAGGCUUUCUUUCUCGCACAGAACGACAAGCUGACCAAUAGAAUAUGUCAACUUUUCUACUAUGGGGGAUAGUAGAUUGACAUAGUCUAGUGAUUUUGCUGUUCGUUACUCAUCUUGUGGCUGAGGAAAAGUAAAUGUGGGCAGUUAUUCUAACAUAGGCGGCGUGUGGUUUUAAGUUUGGUGAAGCUAAUAUUCACCAUUAAAAUGCACUUAUAUAAUAAAGCAUUCCUCGCAUUUGCAGACUUACAGUACCAGUCAAACGUUUGGACACACCUACUCAUUCAAGGGUUUUUCUUUAUUUUUUUACUAUUUUCUACAUUGAGAAUAGUAACUAUGAAAUAACACAUAUGGAAUCGUGUAGUAACAAAGAAAGUGUUAAGCAAAUCAAAAUAUAUUUUAUAUUUGAGAUUCUUCAAAUAGCCACCCUUUGCCUUGAUGACAGCUUUGCACACUCUUGGCAUUCUCUCAACCAACUUCAUCUGGAAUGCUUUUCCAACAAUCUUGAAGGAGUUCCCACAUAUGCUGAGCAUUUGUUGGCCGCUUUUCCUUCACUCUGCCGUCCGACUCAUCCCAAACCAUCUCAAUUGGGUUGAGGUUGGGGGAUUGUGGAGGCCAGGCCAUCUAAUGCAGCACUCCAUCACUCUCCUUCUUGGUAAAAUAGCCCUUACACAGCCUGGAGGUGUGUUGGGUCAUUGUCCUGUUGAAAAACAAAUGAUAGUCCCAUUAAGCCCAAACCAAACGUAUCGCUGCAGAAUGCUGUGGUAGCCACGCUGGUUAAGUGUGCCUUGAAUUCUAAAUAAAUCACAGACAGUGUCACCAGGAUAGGCACCCCCACACCAUAACACCUCCUCCAUGCUUUACGGUGGGAACUACACAUGCGGAGAUCAUCCGUUCACCCACACCGCGUCUCACAAAGACACGGCGGUUGGAACCAAGAAUCUCCAAUUUGGACUCUAGACCAAAGGACACAUUUCCACUGGUCUAAUGUCCAUUGCUUGGGUUUCUUGGCCCAAGCAGGUCUCUUCUUAUUAUUGGUGUCCUUUGGUAGUGGUUUCUUUGCAGCAAUUCGACCAUGAAGGCCUGAUCCACACAGUCCCCUCUGAACAGCUGAUGUUGAGAUGUAUCUGUGACUUGAGCUCUGUGAAGCAUUUAUUUGGGCUGCAAUUUCUGAGGCUGGUAACUCCAAUGAACUUAUCCUCUACAGCAGAGGUAACUCUGGGUCUUCCAUUCCUGUGGCGGUCCUCAUGAGAGCCAGUUUCAUCAUAGCGCUUGAUGGUUUUUGCGACUGCACUUGAAGAAACUUUCAAAGUUCUUGAUAUUUUCCGUAUUGACUGACCUUCAUGUCUUAAAGUAAUGCUUGACUGUCGUUUCUCUUUGCUUAUUUGAGCUGUUCUUUCCAUAAUAUGGACUUGGUCUUUUACCAAAUAGGGCUAUCUUCUGUAUACCCCCACUACCUUGUCACAACACAACUGAUUGGCUCAAACGCAUUAAGGAAAGAAAUUCCACAAAUUAACCUUUAAGAAGGCACACCUAUUAAUUGAAAUGCAUUCCAGGUGACUACCUCAUGAAGCUGGUUGAGAGAAUGCCAAGAGUGUGCAAACUGUCAUCAAGGCAAAGGGUGGCUAUUUGAAGAAUCUCAAAUAUAACAAAUAUUUUGAUUUGUUUAACACUUCUUUGGUUACUACAUGAUUCCAUAUGUGUUAUUUCAUAGUUUUGAUGUCUUCACUAUUAUUCUACAAUGUAGAAAAUAGUAGAAAAACCCUUGAAUGAGUAGGUGUGUCCAAACGUUUGACUGGUAGUGUAUGUAAGAAAGCCUACUAUUCCUAAUGUGAUGAUUAGAUUGGAUAGUCAUAAUUUAGUCUAAUAAUAUAAGUAAAUUACUGUUCACAAAAAAAUACUGUUCAAUGCAGCGCGUAGUUGCAUAGAGUAGGCCUAGGCUAUAUCAGAUAGCCUACAUUUCUUCUCCUUUCUUUGCACAGGAAAAUGUUGGCCUUUUAUAAACACAUUUCAUGCAACUCUACUACACUUUAUAUAACUGGAGACAUUAGCAGAAUCUUUUUUAAUACAACAAAAAUUACAGGAGAGGUUGAGAGUAGAAGAAGUUCAGGAGAAAGAACAAACAAAAUGUAAUUACUGUAAAAUUGACUGUGUCCAUAAAAUGUAGAUAGUGGGUAUGGGCUGGAAGUAGAGGCCUAGGCGUUGUUGUUCACUAGUUCGUGGGGAAAGGGUGGCGGGUUGGUAAGUAAUGAAGGGGAAUAUAUAUAUUUUUAAAAAGGAUAUGUACAGUGGGGAAAAAAAGUAUUUAGUCAGCAACCAAUUGUGCAAGUUCUCCCACUUAAAAAGAUGAGAGAGGCCUGUAAUUUUCAUCAUAGGUACAAAUCAACUAUGACAGACAAAAUGAGAAAAAAAAAUCCAGAAAUUCACAUUGUAGGAUUUUUUAUGAAUUUAUUUGCAAAUUAUGGUGGAAAAUAAGUAUUUGGUCAAUAACAAAAGUUUCUCAAUACUUUGUUAUAUACCCUUUGUUGGCAAUGACACAGGUCAAAUGUUUUCUGUAAGUCUUCACAAGGUUUUCACACACUGUUGCUGGUAUUUUGGCCCAUUCCUCCAUGCAGAUCUCCUCUAGAGCAGUGAUGUUUUGGGGCUGUCGCUGGGCAACACAGACUUUCAACUCCCUCCAAAGAUUUUCUAUGGCAUUGAGAUCUGGAGACUGGCUAAGCCACUCCAGGACCUUGAAAUGCUUCUUACGAAGCCACUCCUUCGUUGCCCGGGCGGUGUGUUUGGGAUCAUUGUCAUGCUGAAAGACCCAACCACGUUUCAUCUUCAAUGCCCUUGCUGAUGGAAGGAGGUUUUCACUCAAAAUCUCACGAUACAUGGCCCCAUUCAUUCUUUCCUUUACACGGAUCAGUCGUCCUGGUCCCUUUGCAGAAAAACAGCCCCAAAGCAUGAUGUUUCCACCCCCAUGCUUCACAGUAGGUAUGGUGUUCUUUGGAUGCAACUCGGCAUUCUUUGUCCUCCAAACACGACGAGUUGAGUUUUUACCAAAAAGUUAUCUUUUGGUUUCAUCUGACCAUAUGACAUUCUCCCAAUCCUCUUCUGGAUCAUCCAAAUGCACUCUAGCAAACUUCAGACGGGGCCUGGACAUGUACUGGCUUAAGCAGCGGGACACGUCUUGCACUGCAGGAUUUGAGUCCCUGGCGGCGUAGUGUGUUACUGAUGGUAGGCUUUGUUACUUUGGUCCCAGCUCUCUGCAGGUCAUUCACUAGGUCCCCCCGUGUGGUUCUGGGAUUUUUGCUCACUGUUCUUGUGAUCAUUUUGACCCCACGGGGUGAGAUCUUGCGUGGAGCCCCAGAUCGAGGGAGAUUAUCAGUGGUCUUGUAUGUCUUCCAUUUCCUAAUAAUUGCUCCCACAGUUGAUUUCUUCAAACCAAGCUGCUUACCUAUUGCAGAUUCAGUCUUCCCAGCCUGGUGCAGGUCUACAAUUUUGUUUCUUGUGUCCUUUGACAGCUCUUUGGUCUUGGCCAUAGUGGAGUUUGGAGUGUGACUGUUUGAGGUUGUGGACAGGUGUCUUUUAUACUGAUAACAAGUUCAAACAGGUGCCAUUAAUACAGGUAACGAGUGGAGGACAGAGGAGCCUCUUAAAGAAGAAGUUACAAGUCUGUGAGAGCCAGAUAUCUUGCUUGUUUGUAGGUGACCAAAUACUUAUUUUCCACCAUAAUUUGCAAAUAAAUUCAUUAAAAAUCCUACAAUGUGAUUUUCUGGAAUUGUUUUUCUCAAUUUGUCUGUCAUAGUUGACGUGUACCUAUGAUGAAAAUUACAGGCCUCUCUCAUCUUUUUAAGUGGGAGAACUUGCACAAUUGGUGGCUGACUAAAUACUUUUUUUCCCCACUGUAUGUGUAUGUAUGUAUGUAUGUAUGUAUGUAUGUAUGUACAGUGAGGGAAAGUAUUUGAUCCCCUGCUGAUUUUGUACGUUUGCCCACUGACAAAGACAUGAUCAGUCUAUAAUUUUUAUGGUAGGUUUAUUUGAACAGUGAGAGACUGAAUAACAACAAAAAAAUCCAGAAAAACACAUGUCAAAAAUGUUAUAAAUUGAUUUGCAAUUUAAUGAGGGAAAUAAGUAUUUGACCCCUCUGCAAAACAUGACUUAGUACUUGGUGGCAAAACCCUUGUUGGCAAUCACGGAGGUCAGACGUUUCUCGUAGUUGGCCACCAGGUUUGCACACAUCUCAGGAGGGAUUUUGUUCCACUCCUCUUUGCAGAUCUUCUCCAAGUCAUUAAGGUUUCGAGGCUGACAUUUGGCAACUCGAACCUUCAGCUCCCUCCACAGAUUUUCUAUAGGAUUAAGGUCUGGAGACUGGCUAGGCCACUCCAGGACCUUAAUGUGCUUCUUCUUGAGCCACUCCUUUGUUGCCUUGGCCUUGUGUUUUGGGUCAUUGUCAUGCUGGAAUACCCAUCCACGACCCAUUUUCAAUGCCCUGGCUGAGGGAAGGAGGUUCUCACCCAAGAUUUGACGGUACAUGGCCCUGUCCAUCGUCCCUUUGAUGCAGUGAAGUUGUCCUGUCCCCUUAGCAGAAAAACACCCCCAAAGCAUAACGUUUCCACCUCUAUGUUUGACGGUGGGGAUGGUGUUCUUGGGGUCAUAGGCAGCAUUCCUCCUCCUCCAAACAUGGCGAGUUGAGUUGAUGCCAAAGAGAUCGAUUUUGGUCUCAUCUGACCACAACACUUUCACCCAGUUCUCCUCUGAAUCAUUCAGAUGUUCAUUGGCAAACUUCAGACGGCCCUGUAUAUGUGCUUUCAUGAGUCCUUCACGGCGUAGUGUGUUACCAAUUGUUUUUUUGGUGACUAUGGUCCCAGCUGCCUUGAGAUCAUUGACAAGAUCCUCCCGCGUAGUUCUGGGCUGAUUCCUCACCGUUCUCAUGAUCAUUGCAACUCCACGAGGUGAGAUCUUGCAUGGAGCCCCAGGCCGAGGGAGAUUGACAGUUAUUUUGUGUUUCUUCCAUUUGCGAAUAAUCGCACCAACUGUUGUCACCUUCUCACCAAGCUGCUUGGCGAUGGUCUUGUAGCCCAUUCCAGCCUUGUGUAGGUCUACAAUCUUGUCCCUGACAUCCCUGGAGAGCUCUUUGGUCUUGACCAUGGUGGAGAGUUUGGAAUCUGAUUGAUUGCUUCUGUGGACAGGUGUCUUUUAUACAGGUAACAAGCUGAGAUUAGGAGCACUCCCUUUAAAAGUGUGCUCCUAAUAUCAGCUCAUUACCUGUAUAAAAGACACCUGGGAGUCAGAAAUCUUUCUGAUUGAGAGGGGGUCAAAUACUUAUUUCCCUCAUUAAAAUGCAAAUCAAUUUAUAAAUUUUUUGACAUGCGUUUUUCUGGAUUUUUUAAUUGUUAUUCUGUCUCUCACUGUUCAAAUAAACCUACCAUUAAAUUAUAGACUGAUAAUUUCUUUGUCAGUGGGCAAACGUACAAAAUCAGCAGGGGAUCAAAUACUUUUUUUCCUCACUGUAUGUGUGUGUGUAUGUGUGUAUAUGUAUGUGUAUGUAUGAAUAUAUAUAUAUAUAUAUACACUGCUCAAAAAAAUUAAGGGAACACUUAAACAACACAAUGUAACUCCAAGUCAAUCACACUUCUGUGAAAUCAAACUGUCCACUUAGGAAGCAACACUGAUUGACAAUAAAUGUCACAUGCUGUUGUGCAAAUGGAAUAGACAACAGGUGGAAAUUAUAGGCAAUUAGCAAGACACCCCCAAUAAAGGACUGGUUUUGAAGUUGGUGACCACAGACCACUUCUCAGUUCCUAUGCUUCCUGGCUGAUGUUUUGGUCACUUUUGAAUGCUGCCGGUGCUUUCACUCUAGUGGUAGCAUGAGACGGAGUCUACAACCCACACAAGUGGCUCAGAUAGUGCAGCUCAUCCUGGAUGGCACAUCCAAUGCGAGCUGUGGCAAGAAGGUUUGCUGUGUCUGUCAGCGUAGUGUCCAGAGCAUGGAGGCGCUACCAGGAGACAGGCCAGUACAUCAGGAGACGUGGAGGAGGCCGUAGGAGGGCAACAACCCAGCAGCAGGACUGCUACCUCCACCUUUGUGCAAGGAGGAGCAGGAGGAGCACUGCCAGAGCCCUGCAAAAUGACCUCCAGCAGGCCACAAAUGUGCAUGUGUCUGCUCAAACGGUCAGAAACAGACUCCAUGAGGGUGGUAUGAGGGCCCGACGUCCACAGGUGGGGGUUGUGCUUACAGCCAAACACUGUGCAGGACGUUUGGCAUUUGCCAGAGAACACCAAUAUUGGCAAAUUCGGCACUGGCGCCCUGUGCUCUUCACAGAUGAAAGCAGGUUCACACUGAGCACGUGACAGACGUGACAGAGUCUGGAGACGCCGUGGAGAACGUUCUGCUGCCUGCAACAUCCUCCAGCAUGACCGGUUUGGCGGUGGGUCAGUCAUGGUGUGGGGUGGCAUUUCUUUGGGGGGCCGCACAGCCCUCCAUGUGCUCGCCAGAGGUAGCCUGACUGCCAUUAGGUACCGAGAUGAGAUCCUCAGACCCCUUGUGAGACCAUAUGCUGGUGCGGUUGGCCCUGGGUUCCUCCUAAUGCAAGACAAUGCUAGACCUCAUGUGGCUGGAGUGUGUCAGCAGUUCCUGCAAGAGGAAGGCAUUGAUGCUAUGGACUGGCCCGCCCGUUCCCCAGACCUGAAUCCAAUUGAGCACAUCUGGGACAUCAUGUCUCGCUCAAUCCACCAACGCCACGUUGCACCACAGACUGUCCAGGAGUUGGCGGAUGCUUUAGUCCAGGUCUGGGAGGAGAUCCCUCAGGAGACCAUCCGCCACCUCAUCAGGAGCAUGCCCAGGCGUUGUAGGGAGGUCAUACAGGCACGUGGGGCCACACACACUACUGAGCCUCAUUUUGACUUGUUUUAAGGACAUUACAUCAAAGUUGGAUCAGCCUGUAGUGUGGUUUUCCACUUUAAUUUUGAGGGUGACUCCAAAUCCAGACCUCCAUGGGUUGAUAAAUUUGAUUUCCAUUGAUAAUUUUUGUGUGUUUUUUUUGUCAGCACAUUCAACUAUGUAAAGAAAAAAGUAUUUAAUAAGAUUAUUUCAUUCAUUCAGAUCUAGGAUGUGUUAUUUUAGUGUUCCCUUUAGUUUUUUGAGCAGUGUAUAUAUAUAUAUACACAGUGGGGAGAACAAGUAUUUGAUACACUUUCCUACUUACAAAGCAUGUAGAGGUCUGUCAUUUUUAUCAUAGGUACACUUCAACUGUGAGAGACGGAAUCUAAAACAAAAAUCCAGAAAAUCACAUUGUAUGAUUUUUUUAUAAUUAAUUUGCAUUUUAUUGCAUGACAUAAGUAUUUGAUCACCAACCAACCAGUAAGAAUUCCGGCUCUCACAGACCUGUUAGUUUUUCUUUAAGAAGCCCUCCUGUUCUCCACUCAUUACCUGUAUUAACUGCACCUGUUUGAACUCGUUACCUGUAUAACAGACACCUGUCCACACACUCAAUCAAACAGACUCCAACCUCUCCACAAUGGCCAAGACCAGAGAGCUGUGUAAGGACAUCAGGGAUAAAAUUGUAGACCUGCACAAGGCUGGGAUGGGCUACAGGACAGUAGGCAAGCAGCUUGGUGAGAAGACAACAACUGUUGGCGCAAUUAUUAGAAAAUGGAAGAAGUUCAAGAUGACGGUCAAUCACCCUCGGUCUGGGGCUCCAUGCAAGAUCUCACCUCGUGGGGCAUCAAUGAUCAUGAUGAAGGUGAGGGAUCAGCCCAGAACUACAUGGCAGGACCUGGUCAAUGACCUGAAGAGAGCUGGGACCACAGUCUCAAAGAAAACCAUUAGUAACACACUACGCCGUCAUGGAUUAAAAUCCUGCAGCGCACGCAAGGUCCCCCUGCUCAAGCCAGCGCAUGUCCAGGCCCGUCUGAAGUUUGCCAAUGACCAUCUGGAUGAUCCAGAGGAGGAAUGGGAGAAGGUCAUGUGGUCUGAUGAGACAAAAAUAUAACUUUUUGGUCUAAACUCCACUCGUCGUGUUUGGAGGAAGAAGAAGGAUGAGUACCACCCCAAUAACACCAUCCCAACCGUGAAGCAUGGAGGUGGAAACAUCAUUCUUUGGGGAUGCUUUUCUGCAAAAGGGACAGGACGACUGCACCGUAUUGAGGGGAGGAUGGAUGGGGCCAUGUAUCACGAGAUCUUGGCCAACAACCUCCUUCCCUCAGUAAGAGCAUUGAAGAUGGGUCGUGGCUGGGUCUUCCAGCAUGACAAUGACCCAAAACACACAGCCAGGGCAACUAAGGAGUGGCUCCGUAAGAAGCAUCUCAAGGUCCUGGAGUGGCCUAGCCAGUCUCCAGACCUGAACCCAAUAGAAAAUCUUUGGAGGGAGCUGAAAGUCCGUAUUGCCCAGCGACAGCCCCGAAACCUGAAGGAUCUGGAGAAGGUCUGUAUGGAGGAGUGGGCCAAAAUCCCUGUUGCAGUGUGUGCAAACCUGGUCAAGAACUACAGGAAACGUAUGAUCUCUGUAAUUGCAAACAAAGGUUUCUGUACCAAAUAUUAAGUUCUGCUUUUCUGAUGUAUCAAAUACUUAUGUCAUGCAAUAAAAUGCAAAUUAAUUACUUUAAAAUCAUACAAUGUGAUUUUCUGGAUUUUUGUUUUAGAUUCCGUCUCUCACAGUUGAAGUGUACCUAUGAUAAAAGUUAAAGACCUCUACAUGCUUUGUAAGUAGGAAAACCUGCAAAAUCGGCAGUGUAUCAAAUACUUGUUCUCCCCACUAUAUAUGUAUAUAUAUAUAUGUGUGUGUAUGUAUGUAUAUAUGUAUGUAUAUGUAUAUGUGUAUAUAUGUAUGUAUGUAUAUACAGUGGGGAAAAAAGUAUUUAGUCAGCCACCAAUUGUGCAAGUUCUCCCACUUAAAAAGAUGAGAGAGGCCUGUAAUUUUCGUCAUAGGUACACGUCAACUAUGACAGACAAAAUGAGAAAAAAAAAUCCAGAGAAUUACAUUGUAGGAUUUUUUAUGAAUUUAUUUGCAAAUUAUGGUGGAAAAUAAGUAUUUGGUCAAUAACAAAAGUUUUUCAAUACUUUGUUAUAUACCCUUUGUUGGCAAUGACACAGGUCAAACGUUUUCUGUAAGUCUUCACAAGGUUUUCACACACUGUUGCUGGUAUUUUGGCCCAUUCCUCCAUGCAGAUCUCCUCUAGAGCAGUGAUGUUUUGGGGCUGUCGCUGGGCAACACGGACUUUCAACUCCCUCCAAAGAUUUUCUAUGGGGUUGAGAUCUGGAGACUGGCUAGGCCACUCCAGGACCUUGAAAUGCUUCUUACGAAGCCACUCCUUUGUUGCCCGGGCGGUGUGUUUGGGAUCAUUGUCAUGCUGAAAGACCCAGCCACAUUUCAUCUUCAAUACCCUUGCUUAUGGAAGGAGGUUUUCACUCAAAAUCUCACGAUACAUGGCCCCAUUCAUUCUUUCCUUUACACGGAUCAGUCGUCCUGGUCCCUUUGCAGAAAAACAGCCCCAAAGCAUGAUGUUUCCACCCCCAUGCUUCACAGUAGGUAUGGUGUUCUUUGGAUGCAACUCAGCAUUCUUUGUCUUCCAAACACGACGAGUUGAGUUUUUACCAAAAAGUUAUAUUUUUGUUUCAUCUGACCAUAUGACAUUCUCCCAAUCAUCUUCUGGAUCAUCCAAAUGCACUCUAGCAAACUUCAGACGGGCCUGGACAUGUACUGGCUUAAGCAGGGGGACACGUCUGGCACUGCAGGAUUUGAGUCCCUGGCGGCAUAGUGUGUUACUGAUGGUCCCAGCUCUCUGCAGGUCAUUCACUAGGUCCCCCCGUGUGGUUCUGGGAUUUUUGCUCACCGUUCUUGUGAUCAUUUUGACCCCACGGGGUGAGAUCUUGCGUGGAGCCCCAGAUCGAGGGAGAUUAUCAGUGGUCUUGUAUGUCUUCCAUUUCCUAAUAAUUGCUCCCACAGUUGAUUUCUUCAAGCCAAGCUGCUUACCUAUUGCAGAUUCAGUCUUCCCAGCCUGGUGCAGGUCUACAAUUUUGUUUCUGGUGUCCUUUGACAGCUCUUUGGUCUUGGCCAUAGUGGAGUUUGGAGUGUGACUGUUUGAGGUUGUGGACAGGUGUCUUUUAUACUGAUAACAAGUUCAAACAUGUGCCAUUAAUACAGGUAACGAGUGGAGGACAGAGGAGCCUCUUAAAGAAGAAGUUACAGGUAUGUGAGAGCCAGAAAUCUUGCUUGUUUGUAGGUGACCAAAUACUUAUUUUCCACCAUAAUUUGCAAAUAAAUUCAUUAAAAAUCCUACAAUGUGAUUUUCUGGAUUUUUUUUCCUCAAUUUGUCUGUCAUAGUUGACGUGUACCUAUGAUGAAAAUUACAGGCCUCUCUCAUCUUUUUAAGUGGGAGAACUUGCACAAUUGGUGGCUGACUAAAUACUUUUUCCCCCCACGGUAUAUAUAUGUGAAUAUAUAUAUAUAUAUAUAUAUAUAUAUAUAUAUAUAUAUAUAUAUAUAUAUAUAUAUAAUUAUUUAUUUUAUUUUAUUUUUUAAACAUGGGGUAUUGGAAGUGAUGCAGACAAUUACAUUGAUGGAAGUUACUAUCUAUCUGCAAUAUUAAACUGAUCUACCCCCCCCCAAAAAAUGUUUUUUACAGGGUAGCCUAUUCUGCUGACACUGACAAACAGAUCAAUAAAAAUGACGUUGUCUGAUCCAUAUAUUAGGCCUACCAAAAGGGGAGACAGAAAUACAAUAUGAUGUCCAUCUAACCUGGAGGAGGUAAUUAUUGUCCAAAAACAAACAAAAGUGGCACUGACCGCUGAUGGCUGAUGUUCUCCGCUGUUGUCAAUAACAUAGGUUACUUUUCGCUCAAUUAAGUUGAGAAUUUUCAUAACUAAAAGUCAGAUUGGAGUCUUUUCAUUGUCUUCUCUUUACAGCAAUAGCCAUUUGUUUUUUCCUAACUGUUUUUACAAGAUUGUAUUUUUAAUAUGGCAAUAUGCCUGGCUGUGUCUCUCUGCUUUUCACUGACAGUCGCAACUCAACAAUCAUCUAUUUGGUAUUUGCCGUGCUCUGCCCACAUUGCGGGCACUUUCGACUGUAGGCUAUGUGAUUUAAAACAAUCCACAGCUUUAAAAAAAAAUAAUCAUCAUCAUCCUCUGUGGCCAAAUCAUGCUUUCUGGUGUAGUAGCCUAUUUUGAAUGAUUUUAUGUAUUUCUGUAUAGACAGGAGUAAGCUAUAUAAAUCUAUAUAAUUUAGCCACUUUUAUUAAAUGUACUGUAAGGAAAGCUUAGCUUUAUGGACGCACCGCACUGCCUGUGUAUUCUAACAUCUUCAAAUUGCUAAUCGGAAUUCGGUAAGAAUGAUGCACGCCGUUGCAUCCGAGUUGCAUGUUCUGUUAAGAUGAAUUACCAUAAACUAAAUGUGAUUUCUGUCAUUCUGAGAAUCGUGGAUGAACGCCCUAAUCAGGUUACGCAACCAAAGCAUGUGGGUCCAGUAAAUUUAAAAUGCUGCCAGUCAAAUGUCCUAACGGAAACCCUGGCCUUCACUAAGCAUUGUAAACCUAAGCCUUGUUAGAUAUUUCCCUGCCUUGUUCAGUGGCCAACUCAGUUGCCUUGUGGUUAGUGUCGGCCCUGAGAUUGGAAGGUUGGGAGUUCGAUCCGCAGCCGUGUCAUACCAUAGACUGUAAAAAUGGUACCCGCUGCGUCUCUGCUUGGCACUCUGCAUUAAGGAGAUAGAUUGAGGGUCAGGCCCUGUGAUAGACUAGCAAAGUACUUGCACAUCAAGCUGCCUCGCGCUACAGAAACAGGAGAUAGGCUCCUGCUCCUCUUGUUCAAGGCUACUUACUGCCUUGUUCCAGGAUAAGGAUGAUAUGAGAACAGCAGAGCAGGGAGUUCUAUAAUUACCCAUGUAGGAGGAGCAGAGUCACACAUCACCACUGUCUGUCUCACUAAGGGGAUGCAUUAGAACUGCAUAUCAUUAGAUCCAUUGCUCAGUUAGACAGUAGGCUUUGUGCUGCUGGGCUCUAAUUUAUUUGGAAGAUGGUGAUAGUGUAUGUGAGCUAUCCUCUCUCUCUAUUAACAGGCCAUUCCAUUUUUUGUGGCAUACAAUAUAGCUUCGUUUUUGUAUUAUUUAUUUUAUUGUCUUUUUUGCUCAUCUUUAUCAGGGGAUCCAAUAAUUUUGGGCCCCACUGUAUGUGUGUGUGAUAGCCUAUCUAGAGUAAAUGUAUUUUAAAUUAGGUGAAAUUGCUGUUCAAUCUAUGCGAUCAAAUAGUUGCAGGGUAUAUGAAAUAAUUCUACAGACCUCUUCUCUAUUGCUGUUCAGAGUGCAUAGAUAAAGUGAUUGUACACAACAUUACCAAAAGUAUGUGGACACCUGCUCGUCGAACAUCUCAUUCCAAAAUCAUGGGCAUUAAUAUGGAGUUGGUCCCCCCUUUGCUGCUUUAACAGCCUCCACUCUUCUGGGAAGGCUUUCCACUAGGUGUUGGAACAUUGCUGCGGGGACUUGCUUCCAUUCAGCCACAAGCAUUAGUAAGGUCGGGCACUGAUGUUGGGCGAUUAGGCCUGGCUCACAGUUGGCGUUCCAAUUCAUCCCAAAGGUGUUCGAUGGGGUUGAGGUGAGGGCUCUGUGCAGGCCAGUCAAGUUCUUCCACACCGAUCUCGACAAACCAUUUCUGUUUUGUGCACGGGGGCAUUGUCAUGCUUAAACAGGAAAGGGCCUUCCCCAAACUGUUGCCACAAAUGUGGAUGCACAGAAUCAUCUAGAAUGUCAUUGUCUGCUGUAGCGUUAAGAUUUCCCUUCACUGGAACUAAGGGGCCUAGCCCGAACUAUGUAAAACAGCCCCAGACCAUUAUUCCUCAACCACCAAACUUUACAGUUGGCACUAUGCAUUGGGGCAGGUAGCGUUCUCCUGGCAUCCACCAAACCCGAAUUCGUCUGUCGGACUGCCAGAUGGUGAAGCGUGAUUCAUCACUCCAGAGAACGCGUUUUCACUGCUCCAGAGUCCAAUGGCGGCAAGCUUUACAGCACUCCAGCCGACGCUUAGCAUUGCACAUGGUGAUCUUAGGCUUGUGUGCGGCUGCUCGGCCAUGGAAACCCAUUUCAUGAAGCUCCCGAAGAACAGUUAUUGUGCUGACGUUGCUUCCAGAGGCAGUUUGGAACUCGGUAGUGAGUGUCGCAAUCGAGGACAGACGGUUUUUACGCAUUACAUGUUUCAGCACUCAGCGGCCCCAUUCUGUGAGCUUGUGUGGCCUACCACUUCACAGCUGAGCCGUUGUUGCUCCUAGACUUUUCCACUUCACAAUAACAGCACUUACAGUUGACUGGAGCAGCUCUAGCAGGGCAGAAAUUUGACGGACUGACUUGUUGGAAAGGUGGCAUCAUAUGACAGGCUCUUCAGUACGGGCCAUUCUGCUGCCAAUGUUUGUCUAUGGAGAUUGCAUGGCUGUGUGCUCGUCAGCAACUGGUGUGGCUGAAAUAGCGAAAUCCACUAAUUUGAAGGGGUGUCCACAUACUUUUGUGUGUGUAUAUAAUAGCCAUGUUCACCGUUUUUCCACUCAGUUUCUGCGGGUGCAGGAGAGGAUGGGUGUUCAGCAGGAGCUGGACAAACUUCUCUUCCUCAUCUCAGACCAGUCCCUGUCUCUACUGCCAGAGUACCACCAGAGAAUCAAGGUAUGUCUGACUCCCAUUGUCUUAAUGCACAUCCAAUACUCAAUUCAAAACUAUUCAUACAGUAGCUUUCUUCCUAGGAUCCUGCCUUAUAUGGAGUUUUUCCUAGCCACUGUGCUUCUGCCUCUGCAUUACUUGCUCUUUGGGGUUUUAGGCUGGGUAUCUGUUAAGCACUUUUUGACAACUGCUGAUGUAAAAAGGGCUUUAUAAAAUACAUUUGAUUUGAUUUAAAGGUCCGCCAUUUCCUGGUUGCAAAAAUUCUAAUAGUUCGCCUAAUUUCAGUUUGUAACAAAACAAGCAGUCAUUGAGUAGAGAGUCAUUGUACCAUCUAAACCGCUGUGAAAUAUAUUUUCCAUAACCACAAAUAUUGUAUUUUCAGCUGUUUGAAGCUGGUGUACAAAACCGAAAGUAAAAGACUACAUUUGACAGAUCUAUAACUCACAUUUCUGUGUGAAUUUGGUCGCGUCUCCCCAAAAAGUUACAUAUUGUAGCUUUAACUAGUUCAUACACAUGCAGGGCUCUAAAUUAACAUUUUUCAUUGGUUGCACCGGUGUUCCCAACUUUAAAAAGUUAGGAGCAAAGCAUAAAAUGUAGGAGCACCAGAAAAUAAUAUUUUUGAAAUCGAUUGAGAUAUAGCAUAUAUAAAUUCUAGCUACAUUUGAAGCUCAUUUUGAGCCCUAGAAACUAAUAUGUAAUCCUGUAAAUACAUUUAUUUAUUAUAAGAAAGUCAAAUGUUUAUACAAAUACCUGUCAUUGAUAUUAAAAAGUCAUUUGUGGAAUUUUAGGUUUCUACAUUAUGUAAAAGCUCUAUUUUCCUAUUGAGAUGUAUUACAUUGAAAAUUGUACACGUUGUCAAGUUUGUGAUGACGACAUGCAAGAGAUCUGUCAUUCAUUGCUAUGAUCACUGAUCUCCUGAACAAGCUAUCCCUUUUCCUCUCUUUCUGUGCCCCCAAAUGUUUGGAUAUACUGGUAAAGUUACCAGGUUGUUAGCUAGCUAGCUAAUGAGGUAUCAACCAUGACUGAACAAGGUGUAAAACAAAUGGUUAACGCCGCGUGAAUAGUUUUGGAAUGGCCCGCUACAUGGUUUAUGAAUGUAAAAUGCGAGCCCCCCAAUCCUCGACAGGAAGAAAAUAACAGCUCUUCGUUCAGUAGUGCUUAUAAAUGUACCUAAAACCAUGAAAAAAAUGAACAUCUAUAAUGUGUAAAGCCUACAAAGUUGCCUGGCAUUAUGUCAGAUCGUGACAUUGAGUUCAAAUACAUUUUUAACUGUUAGAUGGCCCAGAAAAUUAAGAAUUGUUUUUAACGCACUGCAAAAAUGUGUAUGGACCAGAAAGAGGCUCUCUUGUCACUAUCUAUUGUUCAUGCAAGGAGGAAUUACUAUCUUCAGAGAUUUUUUAUAAUUUAUCUGCAAAUAAUUGUUGUCUGGAGAUCAAAAAGCAGUAGUAACAGUAUGCAAAUCAGGGAGCCAAAUGAACGACUUGUUCAAAGAUGCGAUUCUGUUCCCGACAUUCACCAAAAAGAUCUGUUUAAAAACAGCCUUUCGUUCGUGAACGAUCCAUCACUAUGUAACACCAGUGUAAUAAAGGCAUUAUCCCCCAUCCCCAGGCGCUCCAGUCCCUGCAGUACGUGGACAAUAGCGGUGCGGUGCAGCUGAAGGGCAGGGUGGCCUGCCAGAUCAGGAGCCAUGAGCUGCUCCUCACAGAGCUACUGUUUGAGAACGACCUGAGCCCCCUGGCCCCUGAGGAGAGCGCCGCCCUGCUGUCCUGUCUGGUCUUUCAACAGAAGACCCAGGUGGAGCCCCACAUCACCAACACACUGCAGGAGGUAUAGGGGAACUGGGGGAGGGUUGGGUGUAGGGGGAGAGGGGUGGGGAUGAGAGUGUGUGAGAAUCUCAAUAGCAUUUCCUUGAUUCCUUGGGUCCUCUCUUGUCGAGUUUCUUAUCGAAACCCAUUGAAUUAGAAGAUCAGAGGUCCCUCCCCUCUGACCUCAUCCAAUGGGUUUUGAGAAGGAGGCGAGGAGAGGACAAAAGGAAUUUAAUGAAAUGCAAUUGAGUUUCUCCCUGUGUGUGUGUUGGGGUGGUAGAAUGUGCUUGGUUGUCUACUGGGGAACGGUUGAGGUUACACUUUUGUGUUUUUGUGUCUGUCCCCUAUGUGUUAUAGUUGUGAAGGUUGUGCAACUUUUUUUCUCACCCAUCUACACACAAUACCCCAUAAUGACAAAGUGAAAACAUGUUUUUAGAAAUGCUUGCAAAUGUAUUGAAAAUGAAAUACAGAAAUAUACAUAAAUAUUCACACCCCUGAGUGAAUGCUUUGUAGAAGCACGUUUGGCGCCGAUUAUAGCUGUGAGUUUUGCAUCAUACCGGCUGUAUUUCUGUGUUUUGAAAGUUAUACCGUGCCUUCGGAAAGUAUUUAGACCCCUUGACCACAUUUUGUUACGUUACAGCCUUAUUCUAAAAUGGAUUAAAUAAAAUACUUCCUCAGCAAUCUACACACAAUACCCCAUAAUGACAAAGCGAAAACAGGUUUUUAGACAUUUUAGCAAAUGUAUUAAAAAUAAAAAACUGAAAUACCUUAUUUACGUAAGUAUUCAGACCUUUUGCUAUGAGACUCGAAAUUGAGCUCAGGUGCAUCCUGUUUCCAUUGAUCAUCCUUGAGAUGUUUCUACAAUUUGAUUGGAGUCCACCUGUGGUAAAUUCAAUUGAUUGGACAUGAUUUGGAAAGGCACACACCUGUCUAUAUACAGAUCACACAGUUGACAGUGCAUGUCAGCAGAAGUUUGGAACCACCAAGACUCUUCCUAGAGCUGGCCACCCGGCCAAACUGAGCAAUCGGGGGAGAAGGGCCCCGAUGGUCACUCUGACAGAGCUCUAGAGUUCCUCCGUGGAGAUGGGAGAACCUUCCAGAAGGACAACCAUAUCUGCAGUACUCCACCAAUCAGGCCUUUAUGGUAGAGUGGCCAGUGGAAGCCACUCCUCAGUAAAAGGCACAAGACAGCCUGCUUGGAGUUUGCCAAAAGGCACCUAAAGACUCUCAGACAAUGAGAAACAAGAUUCUCUGGUCUGUUGACAAGAUUUAACUCUUGAAACCUGGCACCGUCCCUACGGUGAAGCAUGGUGGUGGCAGCAUCAUGCUGGGUGAUAUUCUUCAGCGGCAGGGACUUGGAGACUAGUCAGGAUCGACGCAAAGAUGAACGGAGCAAAGUACAGAGAGAUCCUUGAUGAAAACCUGCUCCAGAGCGCUCAGGACCUCCGACUGGGGCGAAGGUUCACCUUCCAACAGGAAAACGACCCUAAGCACACAGCCAAGACAACGCAGGUGUGUCUUCAGGACAAGUCUCUGAAUGUCCUUGAUUAGCCCAGCCAGAGCCCGGACUUAAACCCGAUCUAACAUCUAUGGAGAGACCUGAAAAUAGCUGUGCAGCAACGCUCCCCAUCCAACCUGACAGAGCUUGAGAGGAUCUGCAGAGAAGAAUGGGAGAAACUCACCAAAUACAGGUGUGCCAAGCUUGUAGCGUCAUACCCAAGAAGACUUGAGGCUGUAAUUGCUGCCAAAGGUUCUUCAAUAAAGUACUGAGAAAAGGGUCUGAAUACUUAUGUAAAUGUGAUAUUUCAGUUUGAAGAAAUAUGUAUAAAUUAGCAAAAGAUUAUAACCUGUUUUUGCUUUGUCAUUAUGGGAUAUUGUGUGUAGAUUGAUGAGGGGAAAAAACUAUUCAAUCAAUUUUAGAAUAAGGCUGUAACCUAACAAAAUGUGGAACAAGUCAAGGUGUCUGAAUACUUUCCGAAGGCACUGUAUAUCUUGAAAACUUGAUUACUGACAUGCAAAAAAAUGUGGGACUAUGUCAACAAUGGACUAAUGAAAAAAAUAUCAAAAUAUAGUUUUUGGGUGGAGUUUUCCUUUAAGUAAUACUGCAAAAGAUGUGGCAAAGAAAUUAACUUUUUGUCCUGAAUACAAAGCGUUAUGUUUGGGGAAAAUCCAACAAAACACAUCACUAAGUACCACUUCAUAUUUUCAAACAGGAUGCAUGUUUUGGAAUAUUUUUAUUCUGUACAUGCAUCCUUAUUUUCACUCUGUCGUUUAGGUUAGUAUUGUGGAGUAACUACAAUGUUGUUGAUCCAUCCUCAGUUUUCUCAUAUCACAACCAUUAAACUUUGUAACUGUUUUAAAAUCACCAUUGGCCCCAUGGUGAAAUCCCUGAGCAGUAUCCUUCCUCUCCAGCAACUGAGUUAGAAAGGACGCCUGUAUCUACCAAUCGGUGCCCUUCUUUGCGUGGCAUUGAAAAACCUCCCUGGUCUUUGUGGUUGAAUCUGUGCUUGAAAUUCACUACUCGAUUGAGGGACCUUUCAGAUAAUUGUAUGUGUGGGGACAGAGAUGGGGUUGUCAUAAAAAAAUCAUGUUAACCACUGUUAUUGAACACGGAAUGAGUCCAUGCAACUUAUUAUGCAAUUUGUUAAGCACAUUUUUACUCCUGAACUUAUUUAGGCUUGCCAUAACUAAGGGGUUGAAUACUUAGACCCAAGACAUUUUAGUUUUACAUUUUGUAUUAAUUUGAAAAUCAUUCUACAAACAAAAUUCCACUGACAUUAUGGCGUAUUGUGUGUAGAUCUGUGACACAAAAUCUAAUUUUAAUCUAUUUUUAAUUCAGGCUGUAACACAACAAAAUGUGGAAAAAGUAAAGGGGUGUGAAUACUUUCAGAAAGCACUGUAACUACACAUUUCAAUGUGUCAUCUGUAAUAUACAGUGGGGGAAAAAAGUAUUUAGUCAGCCACCAAUUGUGCAAGUUCUCCCACUUAAAAAGAUGAGAGAGGCCUGUAAUUUUCAUCAUAGGUACACGUCAACUAUGAUAGACAAAUUGAGAUUUUUUUUCUCCAGAAAAUCACAUUGUAGGAUUUUUAAUGAAUUUAUUUGCAAAUUAUGGUGGAAAAUAAGUAUUUGGUCACCUACAAACAAGCAAGAUUUCUGGCUCUCACAGACCUGUAACUUCUUCUUUAAGAGGCUCCUCUGUCCUCCACUCGUUACCUGUAUUAAUGGCACCUAUUUGAACUUGUUAUCAGUAUAAAAGACACCUGUCCACAACCUCAAACAGUCACACUCCAAACUCCACUAUGGCCAAGACCAAAGAGCUGUCAAAUGACACCAGAAACAAAAUUGUAGACCUGCACCAGGCUGGGAAGACUGAAUCUGCAAUAGGUAAGCAGCUUGGUUUGAAGAAAUCAACUGUGGGAGCAAUUAUUAGGAAAUGGAAGACAUACAAGACCACUGAUAAUCUCCCUCGAUCUGGGGCUCCACGCAAGAUCUCACCCCGUGGGGUCAAAAUGAUCACAAGAACGGUGAGCAAAAAUCCCAGAACCACACGGGGGGGACCUAGUGAAUGACCUGCAGAGAGCUGGGACCAAAGUAACAAAGCCUACCAUCAGUAACACACUACGCCGCCAGGGACUCAAAUCCUGCAGUGCAGACGUGUCCCCCUGCUUAAGCCAGUACAUGUCCAGGCCCGUCUGAAGUUUGCUAGAGUGCAUUUGGAUGAUCCAGAAGAGGAUUGGGAGAAUGUCAUAUGGUCAGAUGAAACCAAAAUAGAACUUUUUGGUAAAAACUCAACUCGUCGUGUUUGGAGGACAAAGAAUGCUGAGUUGCAUCCAAAGAACACCAUACCUACUGUGAAGCAUGGGGGUGGAAACAUCAUGCUUUGGGGCUGUUUUUCUGCAAAGGGACCAGGACGACUGAUCCGUGUAAAGGAAAGAAUGAAUGGGGCCAUGUAUCGUGAGAUUCUGAGUGAAAACCUCCUUCCAUCAGCAAGGGCAUUGAAGAUGAAACGUGGCUGGGUCUUUCAGCAUGACAAUGAUCCCAAACACACCGCCCGGGCAACGAAGGAGUGGCUUCGUAAGAAGCAUUUCAAGGUCCUGGAGUGGCCUAGCCAGUCUCCAGAUCUCAACCCCCAGAUCUCAACCCCAUAGAAAAUAUUUGGAGGGAGUUGAAAGUCCGUGUUGCCCAGCGACAGCCCCAAAACAUCACUGCUCUAGAGGAGAUCUGCAUGGAGGAAUGGGCCAAAAUACCAGCAACAGUGUGUGAAAACCUUGUGAAGACUUACAGAAAACGUUUGACCUGUGUCAUUGCCAACAAAGGGUAUAUAACAAAGUAUUGAGAAACUUUUGUUAUUGACCAAAUACUUAUUUUCCACCAUAAUUUGCAAAUAAAUUCAUGAAAAAUCCUACAAUGUGAUUUUCUGGAGAAAAAAAAUCUCAAUUUGUCUGUCAUAGUUGACGUGUACCUAUGAUGAAAAUUACAGGCCUCUCUCAUCUUUUUAAGUGGGAGAACUUGCACAAUUGGUGGCUGACUAAAUACUUUUUUUCCCCACAGUACAUGGAUGGAUGGAUGGAUAUGUUGGCUUCUGGGCUUUAGUAGUACCAGCCUAGCCGUGCUACUGGUGACACACACACACACACACACACAUAUACACACGCACACAUACACACACUGGUCUGAGCUCAGGCUAGACACACACAGCUGUCUUAGCCCGCAGCAAGGGCGCCACACCUGAUACACACUUCCCUGAACACACACACACAGCCAUCAGUGUGUGUUGUCGAGCAACCCUGAAACAUGGAAGUGCUCUAAAGAAGGCUGAAUUAGUGAUGGCCGAUGCGAGAGCUGUGUCUGGAGUGGUUUAUAGGGGAGCCAUCCCAGGGGCGAGCAGCACUGAACAGUGAACACAGACAGGGAACACAUUUACCAACACAGGUAACAGGGCUCUGAGUGGGACUUCAGAUGAUGUGCAGCUUAACACUUAACAGAGAGGAGGCUGAGGUUGGAGUGGAGUGGGCAAAGUAGGGCAGAUGUGAUUGGAAAGUGUUACGUGUUUAAGUGCUCCUUGUAUGACUAAUCUGUGUCUGUCUGCCUUUGUCUCUGUCCUUCCUCUCUCUCGCUCUCGCUCUCGCUCUCAAUCUCCACUCUUCUCUGUCCUUCUCCUUGUAUUACCCCACAUUUUACCGUCACCCAUUACUACCUCAACUCUCUUCUUUUUCUUUGUCUCUCUUUCUUUCUUUGCCCUUCUCCUUACAUUACCCCACUCUGUCUGUGUGCCCCAUCCAUUACUUUCUUAUUUUGCCCUAUCUCUCCUUCCCUCUCUCUCGUAGGGUAUUGAGAGAGUGCUGGCAGUGGCCCAGCGUAUUGGGGAGCUGCAGAGGGACUGUGGGAUAACCCAGACAGCUGAAGAAUUUGUGGCCCAGUUCAAGUUUGGCCUGAUCGAAGUGGUCUACUGCUGGGCCAGAGGCAUGGUGAGUGGUAUAAGCUAACCGUAAUGUUGGACUAUUCUUGAUUGACCUCAUUUCAAUCAAAACACUCGUGGAAAAUGUUUCCUGGACACAGAAUAAGCCUAGUCAUGGACUGAAUGGCAUGUUAAAGUAAAGUGCUUUUUACUCCAGAACUAGGCUUAAUCCGUGUCCUGGAAACUGGCCUCUCAAAGCUCUGAAAGCACUGUACUAAACUAUACUGCAGCGUUUCCAAAACUAGGUCGCAAGCCCAUGUGGGGUCGCCUGAUUUGAAAAUGGGGUCGCGAGAGAAACUGAAAUAAAAAUGUAAAAAAUCUCGCUGGGUUUAUAGAACCGGGGUUACGUCAGUAACCUCCGGUAGCCGCUAGGUGCUGUUGUAAUAUACAGCGGUUUCUGAUUUCUCCAUACAAAUGUGGCUCUAUCUUUUGAACUUUUUAAGCUACAAAAUAUUGUGAACAUUCUCUGAAGAUGGUAAUUCCUCAGGGCAGGAACAAUAUAGUGAGGAGAGAGCCUCAUUCUGGUCCACGCUAAUUUUUUCAGUGCGUUAAGUUGACAAUGGUUGGCAAAAUUUUAGGCUUUACAUUAAAGAUUUACUAUUUUUUCAUGAUUUUAGGUACAUUUCUAAGCAUUACUGAACGAAAAGCAGUUUGGGAGCCAAAUGAACGGCUCUUUUAGGUGAACGGAGCCAAAUGAUCCGGCUCACAGAAAAUACUCUGAAUACCCAUCACUAUGCAACAGAGCUCAAAGGGGACAAUUGCGUCUUAAAAGGGCAAUGACAUACACUACAUUACCAAAAGUAUUUGGAAAACUGCUUGUCGAACAUCUCAUUCCAAAAUCAUGGGCAUUAAUAUGGAGUUGGUCCCCCCUUUGCUGCUAUAACAGCAUCCACUCUUCUGCGAAGGCUUUCUACUAGAUGUUGGAACAUUGCUGCGGGGACUUGCUUCCAUUUAGCCACAACCGCAUUAGUGAGGUCGGGCACUGAUGUUGGGCGAUUAGGCUUUGCUCACAGUCGGUGUUCCAAUUAGUCCCCAAUGUGUUCGAUGGGGUUGAGGUCAGGGCUGUCGACAAACCAUUUCUGUAUGGACCUCACUUUGUGCACGGGGACGUUGUCAUGCUGAAACAGGAAAGGGCCUUCCCCAAACUGUUGCCACAAAGAAUGUAAUUGUAUGCUGUAGCGUUAAGAUUUCCCUUCAACUAAGGGGCCUAGCCUGAACCAUGAAAAACAGCCCAAGACCAUUAUUCCUCCUCCACCAAACUUUACAGUUGGCACUAUGCAUUGGGGCACUUAGCGUUCUCCUGGCAUCCGCCAAACCCAGAUUUGUCCGUUGGACUGCCAGAUAGUGAAGCGUGAAUCAUCACUCUAGAGAAUGCGUUUCCACUGCUCCAGAGUCCAAUGGCGGCGAGCUUUACACCCCUCCAGCCAACGCUUGGCAUUGCGCAUGGUGAUCUUAGGCUUGUGUGCGGCUGCUCGGCCAUGGAAACCCAUUUCAUGAAGCUCCCGACGAACAGUUAUUGUGCUGACGUUGCUUCCAGAGGCAGUUUGGAACUCGGUAGUGAGUGUUGCAACCGGGGACAGACGAUUUUUACGUGCUACGCGCUUCAGCACCCGGCAGUCCCGUUCUGUGAGCUUGUGUGGCCUACCACUUCGUGGCUGAGUCGUUGUUGCUCCUAGACGUUUCCACUUCACAAUAACAGCACUUACAGUUGACCUGGGCAGAUCUAGCAGGGCAGAAAUUUGACAACCUGACUUGUUGGAAAGGUGGCAUCCUGUGACGGUGCCAUGUUGAAAGUCACUGAGCUCUUCAGUAAGGCCAUUCUACUGCCAUUGUUUGUCUACGGAGAUUGCAUGGCUGUGUGCUCGAUUUUAUACACCUGUCAGCAACGGGUGUGGCUGAAAUAGCCGAAUCCAGGGGUGUCCACAUACUUUUCUAUAUAUAGUGUACUUUGUAAUAAAACAAAUUAUUAUAAUAAUUAGUAAUUAUUUAUAUAGUCAUAAUAAAAUAAUAAUAGUUAAUAAUAAUAACAAUCAGGAUGUUGUGUCCAAUGGGGUAAAUGCUUCAGCAUAUGUACAUUUUAUAGCCACUAUGCUACAGGUGAUAAUGCUUAUUGCUAAUAGCACAUCUGAUAAUAGACCAUGCAUAGACUAUAUGCAUGGUCCAAUAUGCUAAAAUAAUUUUUACCAAUACAUUUUGGGGCUUUUAAAAAGUCACCAGAACUGAUCUUCUCAGUCCUUCUAUAUAAAAAUUAUCCCGGGAGGACUGAAAUUUGCCGAACUCACAGUUCAAUACAUGUACAAAAUGAUCUCUAAAAAGCAUGAUGGUCAUUUCUUACAUGAAAGGGGAGGUUAACUUGGCCCCAGACAAUCGAUCUGAGAUUGACUUAAGUAUCAGUCAUGGGAUUUGUUUUUGCUUUAACCCCUGCUUUCACCACCCUGUGAAGUUCAUCAUAAUUUAUUUUAUCUGUAGCCUAAUAAACUGCAUGGUUUCCCGAGUCGUAGUGGUAGGACCACACACAAUGUCAUCGAGUGACUCCAAGUUUACUUCGAUACGAUGGUUAUUAUAUCAAUAUUUGUGCAUGAAGGCGUUUCCACCGCCAUUUCUCACAUAAUUAAUUUUACUGACAUAAAAACAUCCCACCAUGUCGAACGAACAAAUUAUCUGUCGACAUUUAUGACACUUCCUGUUUCCAUGACAGCUGUCGUUAUUUUUUUUCUACGGUAGUGUUGAUAAUACAAGUUUACUGGAGAACUGAGACCAAGUAGAGACUUUUGGACAAGGUGGAUAAUGGUAUAAUAUAAGGCAGUUUAUUCAGAGGUAAAGAUAUCUGGAAUCGCGUGCACGGACCCGUUCGUCAAACUCUUAGGGAGCUGUCUGAAGAGAGCCCCGAAACAUUGUGUGCUGACAUUUUAUGCAAUAAAAUGAAGUAGGUUGAAUCUAGUAGUUCUGAUCUUCUGAUUGGUCCUGAUGAGUUGGGCGAGGUCCCUUCCAGGCCAGUGUCACUGUUGCAUUGGCUCUGAGUCGGGUUCUCUGUCUUCAGAUGUUCAGCCUAAGAGAAGGGGAUUUUUGUGUGUGUGUGUGUGUGUGUGUGUGUGUUUAACAGUGAUGAUGUGUGUGUGUGUGUGUGUGUGUGUGUGUGUGUGUGUUUAACAGUGAUGAUGUGUGUGUGUGUGUGUGUGUGUGUGUGUGUGUUAUCAGUGAUGAUGUGUGUGUGUGUGUGUGUGUGUGUGUGUGUGUGUGUGUGUGUGUGUGUGUGUCCUCAGAGCAAGAACUCGUGAGUUGGAAGAACUGAGAGACCUAUGGCGUGGGUGUUGUCCUUGGCCACCUGCUGACAAGGCUGACAAGAUAGGACUCUUUUGUCCAUUGUAUUGAAAACAAACGCCCAACACAAAAUGGGUCAUGCACAAGAUUUUAGUCAGACCAAGCUAUAACAUUAUAUAUUUACUACGACAGUAGGACUUUACUCACAUAAAAACUGGAUGGAAACGUGAUUACUGAUGAUGUUCUUUUCUACACAGAAGCUCAUACAAAAUUAUUGCCUGAUGAUCUUCUGAACUUCCUAAUACCUUUCUGAUUUCAGUCACUUCAAACCAUACUUCCUUCAGGUUUAAAUACUGUCAAAACUACUAUUAGACUGAUUUGUAGUAGACUGUCAUAGCCCCGUUCAAAAAAAGUAAACAUUGGCUGUUGAUUACAUCACUUUUUUUACAUGGUGGGGUUGCAAUUUUUAUUUUUUUUAUAUAAAAAUGGGGUUGCGGCCCAAAAAAGUUUGGGAACCCCUGCUGUACUUUAUCUCAAGUUUAAACUAACUGGUAUCCCUACUUCCUGUCCUAGCCUGUACUUCAUUUAAAAAGAGACACAUUCUCUUUUACAGGCGAGACCAAGAAGGCAGCAGUCCUGUACUCAACUCUGUAAAUUAACUUGUGUACUUUCCUAUUUCCUGCCCCAGCCAUUUGCAGAGAUUGCGCAGUUAACAGACGUCCAGGAGGGCACAGUGGUGCGCUGCAUCCAGAGACUAGACGAGGUACUGAAGGAGGUGCGCCAGGCGGCCCGCAUCGUGGGAGACUCGGUCCUGGGCAGCAAGAUGGAGAAGGCCUCCCUGGCCAUUCGCAGAGAUAUCGUGUUCACCGCUUCGCUCUACACACAC